GAUGUAACGGACUUGUUUGGAGCUGAUUUACCUGUUGAAGGAGGUGAGGCUGGACAGUUUGUGUGGAGGGAUGGUCCUCUAUUAAAGGCACUCAGAGCUGGACACUGGAUUGUCUUGGAUGAGGUAUUGUCAUGGCGUUAGAUACAAAGGCUCUAUAAGAAUACGAGUACUAUUAACAACCGGUCUUUCGUCAGAGUUAUAUUAUUCAGGAUUUUUCAUCUGGCCCGGGUUGUUCGAUCGUUGUAUAGCGCUAUUCAUCGAAUAAUUCACUGUCCAGCGGAUAAGUAUUAGGGAAACCAAUUGCGCUAUCAGCGGAUAGCGUUGUCUACGUUUUGAACAACUGGACCCUGAUUACAACAGACGCUCUAGAAAAACAGUGUGAUAUUGUCUGCAUUUUAUUAAAUAGUGGAUCUUAGUCUGUUUUUUAUUUGAAUUGUUUUUGCCACGAGAAAAUAAAAAUAAUUCGCCUUCUUUUUUUUGACCGAUAAAAACUUGCUGUUAAACUAUUGUGAGAUUAUGGUGUAGUUUUUAUGAAUUUUCGAGUGGGCGAGUGUCUAUAAAUAAAUUGAAAUAAUUAACUUCUUUUUUUUUAAAUACCUGGCUAUCUCACCUAAAUGUUUGAACCGCUAUUUAAAUACCUUAUCACCUCUGUUUCUCGCAGUAAAUACUCUACCUUGCUGAAAAACCACACAAGGCACGUUUUUGCCUCCUGUCUUAUCAACAUGAAAUUUUAUUUCUGAUCUUUAUUUUGCAGCUAAAUUUAGCCUCGCAGUCUGUGCUCGAAGGGCUUAAUGCCUGUCUGGAUCACAGGGGCGAGGUGAGUGUCACAAUGCAGUCCUUACUUGAUAGCUAUAGAAGAUAUUGUAUGCUUCACCUAAGUAUUUAGCAGAUGAAAGCAGAUGGAAGUGACACUUCUCUUGAGAAUGAUUAUCCCUUUAAGUCCUAAGAGUGAUCAGUGUCAAAUUUCUCCUUGUAAUAAUGAAUUCGUGGUAAUAAGAAUUCAGGGUAUGAUCACACAAGAAGAAUUUCCUUUAUCUUUUAUCAUCUUUGCCCCCCUUGUUCUAUAGGAAAUUAAUAGUGGUAGCAAAUGAGAAUUUUAACUUUGAUAUUAGGGUUUUUAAAAAGGCUAAUUGAAAGGCUCGUCUGUCUUUUAUAAAUUUGUUAAGUCAUUGUUAGUUGCAAUGGUGGUGAAUGAAGUUUAAUUUUUUCUCACUGGCCAGUGGGUAGAUGUUCGCUGUAGAAACGCGCGGCGAUGUGCGAAUUCCUUCUCCGUUCCUAUAGGUAUAGCUCACUGGUCAGCCUCACGUGGAAUGUUUUUGUACUUUUUAAACCGUUUUCCCGUUUCACUGCUCUUACAGAUCUACAUUCCCGAGCUUGGGAUGACAUUCAAAGUUCAGCGAGGCAAAACAAGGUUGUUUGCUUGUCAGAAUCCCCUGAAUCAGGGCGGUGGAAGAAAGGGAUUGCCAAAGUCCUUCCUCAACAGAUUUACUCAGGUAUAUUAACAGUUGAAUUUGAUGCCUGAAAUAUUUCUCUGCUCAAGGGAACAGAACGCCAGAUGUGUGACUAUUAUUUAUCUCUUUGUGCCGAAACGACUCCCCACCAUUGAACUGAUAUGAAGCUGACCAUUUGAACGACAAAAGCUUGGGCGAAAAAACAUAGAAUAGGAGAAUCCGAUAACAAUACAAAGAACAUUGGGUGGCACGGUAGCGUCAGCAAGAGCGACGAUCGUGGAGGCGCUCCGCUCCUACUGGAGCAAAAUGGACAAACUAGUGCCACUUACUGCUGUUACAAUUUUUUUGGGAACCGAUAACUCGACAGCCUAUUUAACAUUUAAUGGCAUUCUUUCAAAUGCAUGUCAAGGCCUCCAGAAAAGUUUUGUAACCUUAUUUAUUUAUUUAUUUACCGUUUAAGGGAAGGAAUAGGAGGGUAAUUUUUGUCCUUUAGUUGACAGAGUUGAGUUUAUAGUUAGUCAAUCCCUCUCACCGUCUUCGUGUCUCAGUUUGAAUGAUGAACUUGCAAUUUCGUCUACUGUUUCCUGGCAUUUGCUGGGUACCUUUAAAAAUAUUUUUAGGCCAUUUUUAUGACCAGACUGUUUCAACUCCAAUAGCCUACGGCUGUGCAACUUAAGGCACGCUUAGUAGCAUUGUAAGUCGCGAAUUAAACUUGUUCUAUUUCACUUUAUUCAAGGUGUUCGUGGAGCCACUUUCAAAGUCAGAUCUGUUGUUUAUCACAGGAGCCCUCUACCCUGAAAUAGAUCCCGCCAUCUUAGACCAGAUGGUUACAUUCAAUAUGAAGGUGAUAAUAUAGUCAUUACACUAACAGUAUUUAUUAAUGGCAGUUAUUUAAUAGCACUCAGUGACAUUAAGACCGUUGUCUACUGUGCGAGGACCAACAGUCAAAUCACGUUUUAUUCUGGGGACUCAAAUGUUACGAUUGGUUGCUCGUGUUCUGUACUCGACAGUUCUUUAUUUAUUUCAUGCGUCCUGUGUGCCAUCCCUUGACCCUGUUCCACUGUGGACGUCUGACGGCUGUAUCAUUUUUGAUUGGCAUUCAUAGCCAGCUAGUUAGCUUUUUAACACACUUUUGUUAACUGGCAAUUUUGGGCCCCCCAUGAUCAAAGGUCGUAACUUAAAAGGUGACAUGAUCCCGCAACUGAAUUUAUAGAUUGUUAGUGCAAUUAUGUGUCAUGCGUCGAUGACCUCUCUCGCGCACGCUGCUAUAUGGCGGAAAGGAUAGCAAAGCUACAAUAUUCGUCCCUCUAUACUUCUUUCAUUUCUUGUUUGCUUCCCUUCUCUCUUUCCCCAUUUUGUUUUUGGAAAUAUGAAAUGUGUAAAUCAACGUCAAGCAAAACGGGGGAUGAUAAUGUAACACACGUAACAUCGGAGGUGACGAAUAUUGUAAACAUUUCCCUGAAUUUCUCUCCAACCGUGGUAAGAUUCCGCCUGAAAAACGUACCUAUUCAAGUUUCCUUUUGUAAAUUAAAGGUACUCCUCUCAUACAUUCGAAAGACGUUAUUAAUUGAUAUAUUUACCCUUUGAGCCCUGAGGGUGAUAAGCAUCAAAAUUCUCCUUGUGAUAUCGAUGCUUUAUAAAACAGAGUGGUGACGAGAAUUAAGGAAAUGAUCAAGCAAGGGAAACUGAUUGAUACUUUAACAACUUCUCCCUACUACCUCUAUAGGAAACAUAUGGGGACAACAAAUGAGAAUUUGAAUUUUGAUAUUCGGGCUAAAAGGGUUAACGCGUUUUGCAGAUCCAUGAAGAGACAGUGGUGGAGGCACGAUGGGGAAGAAAGGGAAGCCCAUGGGAAUUGAACUUAAGAGAUGUGUUCAGAUGGUGCGACCUGCUUAUUAAGCAUCAGGCAAGUGUCGAGACGUUUCGUCAGCAGAUACGCUAUGUAUCCAAGAUUCUGUUAUUUACUCCUUGAUCUUAAUUAUUAUUUUUUUCCUUCGUUCCUUUUCUCAUUUGCAAAUAGGCAGCGGCCAAAUCGAAAUCUUUGUUACUUUGGCUGUUACACACUGAUUUAAAAAUUGUACAUGUUUUAGUUGUAUGAUCUAACCAUAGAUUAUUUCUCUACCUUUUUCUAUAUUUUCUCUUUUUUAGUAUUAUCUGAACAGUAAGGAUACCAAAGAUGAUGAAGAUGAUGAUGAUGAUAAUGAUAAUGACAAUGAGUCAUGUUGUUACUAGGCACAAAUUUGUAUAAACUCCUAUAUGACCUGCCUUGGGCUUCCUGUGCUUCCUUAUUUACAGCGCUUAUUUCCCUCCUUUAGUUUCCUGGUUGCUGGGAUCCUGCUCAAUUUUUGCGUCUUAUUUACUGUGACAGAAUGAGGACAGUGAAGGACAAACAGAUGGUAAGGAUACAACGACAAAUUCUUGGUAUUUUGUAAACGUAAAUGAUUUUAAACAACAUGACAGUACAUUUGUCUAGCAACCUUGAUAGUUCCUUCAAAAACCAAUUCUAGAUACUUCAGUUUCAUAUUUUCGCACUGGCUUUAGUUUUUGACCAAUGCACAUGAUUGUAAGGGAGGAACGAAAACAUCAAAACGUUUGUGCUUAUACUUUUCAAGUUUGGCUCGGUAAUAAAAACUUUGUUGUUGCUUCCAAAGUAAAGCUCAAACGCUUUCACUGCGAUGUCUUAAUAGCGCUUACGCAUGUUUACGUUAGGCAAGCAAAUUUGACCACUUUGUCUCCCUUUGAAAUUGUAAAAUUGCGAAGUUUUGCAUUCCCAAGGCAGUGAGCGUUUGAAUACCCAAGCACAAAGGCUGCAAACUUGGUUUGUGAAAUUUGCUCUUUUGACGUUAUCAUGCACAAAGACCUUGCAGAAUUUUGGAAUUGAGGUAGUAAAAUUCACAAUUUCAUUGUCUAGAGGUUUCUUUCCCGUCCUGGCUGACGCUCUGAGACGGCAAGCUCCUAUUAACACGUGUCAGUGCGUAAAAGUCCAUGUAUUCUUGAGUCUCUUUGCUUUUUAGUGUCUUUUUGUUUUUAUUAGCCAUUACCUUAUUUAUUUAUCUGUUUACUUGACAAUGAGGUACUGGAGCUAUACAAGUCAGUUACUACGAGUUCAGAACCAAUUGGUGACAUUCAGUUGACCCGGCCAUCAUUUUUUAUCACACCAAGCCAUGUUCAGGUGAGUCUGCACACAACUGCUGGUUAUUUAUGGCUAUAUAAUUUCCUAGUUGCACUCGAACAAAAUCUGUCACAGAAAGCAAAUGAUUUUGUUUCUAAACGAUUUUCCAUGACACAAAAAAGGACUUUGAAUAUCCUUACCGCCCUUAAUUUCCUGAAGGAGGUAGCGACGACACGGAAAGAAAACAGAAAUAGCACAACGUAAAAAGGUCACACAUAUAUGUACACACUCCUAAUCAGUUCUAUAUUUUUUGAUUGUCUAUUCAUUGUCUAUAUUAUUUUCUAGGUCGGCCAUUCCUGGCUUCCUAGAUGUCCCUCAGUUGAUCAGUCCAACAUCACUGGAAGAUCACUGCAGGUCCUUCAUCACUGUUUACCUGCCAUGGAAUCACUGAUGAAAUGUCUUGAAAUGAACUGGAUGGCUAUUCUGGUGGGUAUCAGCGUGUUACAAUAGGAAGCUUAAGUAACAGCGUUUUUGGGCGACGGGUGGGCAGUAGUUUAGUUCAAACUCUCUCCAGUGUCCAUUGCGAGGUCAGGGACACUGGAGAAAGAUUCCACCUCUAGUACAUUACAGCUGAUGCCCUUUGAAAAGCUAUCGUGAGUUUUAUUUGCAAAACAUCUGAGAACAGUUUACAUGAGACUUAGCAAGAAACCGAUACUUCAAAUUCCUUAAAGGAAGCGGCCCCUGGGAUAUAAUUUAAAAGUCGUACUCAUACGCGAUCUCCAACCCUUUUUCUUAUUCAAAUCCAAAGGUCACUUUACAGUUUAAAAACCACAACAUGAUUCACCAAUCGCUAAAGAAAGUUAUCAGUUGUGUAACCCUUGUGCACUUAGCUUAUUCAGCUAGUUUACAAUCACAAAUAAUUUGAAACAAAUAAUUUAAUUAUAGCAUAACAGGAAUAAAAACUGCAACUGGCAGGAGGUAAGCUGUUGACUAUUUAGAAGCGUGGCCAAGGAUUUGAACUCGGGACAACCGAGAGCAAAUCCAGCAAGCUACCAGAUCGGGACUCGAACCCCGGACCGCCGGACUGCGAGCCCGACGCGCUGACCACUCGGCCACGCUGCUUUUUGUAGUGUACUGGUUACUAAUCAUUGGUUGUGUCUGAUUAUCAGGUUGGUCCAAGAUCGUGCGGAAAGACAUCACUUGUUCAUCUUGUUUCCCAACUGACUGGUAAUAAACUGGAGGUGAUGGCUAUGAACAGUGCCAUGGAUACCACUGAAUUACUUGGCGGCUUUGAACAGGUUAGAAAACUGAUUAAAUUAUUGAUGGUUCGUUUAUCGUAUGUUUUUUUAAUAGUAAUUUUGUUUGACUGAUUUUCGUUUGACCUUAAAAAAUGGUUUUCGUAAGUGUUUAUUUGUUUUAUUAGCCAAUAGAUGCCACGUGCUUAAAGUAUGCUUCCAUUUUAAGUGAAGAGGGAUAGUCCUUCUUCGUUAAACGUUUUCAUUUUGUCCUUAAAUCGUAGAUACAUCAUCGAUUUUUCAAUAUUUCGUUCAUGGAUUUUCUAUUUUGUAGCUAACGAAGACGCGCGAAUGAGUUUUAUCAACGCUGGUUGCCCAAAUGAGUCCCUUUCUUUUCUUGCCCGGUACUUUUUCAAAGCCCUCGUGCAUUUGAAUUUGCCACUUCAGCGGUCAUGAAUAACUAUUAAUGUCCACUCAUUCUGCGCGACGUAACGAUCAAAACAUGGAUCAAAACAUGAACCCCAAGUUGUAGAAAGAAGCGUUCGAUUUUCCAAUCGGCAGCCUACAAUCCUGGACAAAUCUACUUGAGAAAAUGUUUUCAUUAAUGCGCACUGCCUAACGCAACAAAACUAUUUCCAAAUCAACGGCUUUGCGCAAAGAAAAGCCCCUCCCCCGGUUCAAAGUUGCCUCCUACAAAUGCUUAGGGAUCCGGCUUUCUUUUGAAAACCCAACAACACUGCUUCCAGAAGGAGGGGGGAGGGAAGAAUCGGUUGGCUACGAAGUUUAGAAAAAAUGCCCCCCAAGUAUGCAAUUUUCUCAACAGUUUUGUCCAAGAUUGUAGCUACUGUUACCCCAAGUCAUGGAAAAUUACUUUUCAGGAUUCUUUCAUUAGCUGAGAAUAGUUGCGUCUUCCAUAAACCAACUAAAAGUCGCACGCGUUUGUCUGUUCCAUAAACCGAUCAAAUUCUUAUAUAUUCUUGUUCGUUAGUUUCCCACUGAUCAUUUCAGUUGUCAUGUAGUUUGUUCUUGAGAUAGUCCCAAUAAACCUUUUUACCGUUACGGCGGCCAUAUUGAAUUUAUUAGAGUUGAGGAGUAUUACGGGAUAGCCAGGAGGCAAUCACUCAGUAUUUACGCGCGUUUGUCGGGCAAAAAGAGAACUUUACUGUAUAUUUGUCGAAAAAAAAGGCGAUCAUUAUCACAUCCAAACACGGCACAACGAUUUUUUUUUCCCAUUGCAAUCUUUUUCUAUGAAAACGUAAGAAAAAUUGGCCCGAAAAGCGCGCGUAAAUACUGAGCGAGUAUAUCGGAUCGUGCUCAUGCCACCUGGACAUUCCAUAAUACUCCUUAAAUAUGUCUGCCGUAUCGGUAAAAAGGUCUAUUCUUUUCUUACGAAAAACAGGCUGAUCUUAACAGACAGUGGGGAGAGAUAUUAAAGCAAGCUAAGGAGUUUUUACUCGGUUUGAUACGAGAUUUGUUGAUCAGAAGUAAAGAUAAUCCGUCGUGUUUACAAGAAGCGUCCUCAGCUUAUAAACUAUGGAUGGCCAGCUUUAAUAACGACUCUGAAGGUAAUCUUUUUGGAGUAUAGACAGUGACUUGUGACAGAGUGUGUGUAGCUACGCCUGACGGGUCAAGAACUUUGUUUAUCAAAAUAGCGUAAAGGAUUUAAAAAAUGCGUGAAGUUUCAACAACUCAGUACUAUGUAGCAGGGUAAAAUAAUGGUCUCAGUCAUUCAGGUAUCAAGUCUUUCAUGAGUACGGUUUUAUAUCAGUUCGAAGAGCAAACUUGAUGAAUGGUGUUUAAGGCCCUUUGUGACAUUUAUAAGUGAACCAUAAGCCAUUUCCGAGUUUCAAAAACUCUCAAGCAAAAUCUUUCUUUUUAGAAUGAGUUUUAUUUGCAUGAGAAUAAGUAAUUCAUUUUCGUAUCAAUAGCUUCGCACUUAGCCUCGCUUUGAAACAGAGGCUUGGGGCAACCCGGAAAUGGCGUAUUGUCAUCAGUCAGUGACUCUAUCCCAUCAUUUAACUUAAACAGGAAGUGAUGAUACCAGGAAUGACAUUUUGAUUCCAGAGAAGCUCAUUGCGCUUCAAACGAUGACGGCAGCUAUGAAGGACAUUUGUGACAGGAACAGUAUUUCAUCUGCUAGCUCAGGUACAUUUAUUUAUUACUAGGUCUACCAGGGAAUGAGGCCUUAGAGGGUAACGUAACGUCAGAGGUCUUGUUAGUUUCUAUGGAAGUAGUGGAAUAGUAGUGAAUUCGUCGUGUGUGAUUUUGUCUUUUAUUCUUUAACCUCUCUUACUAGAAAAUACAGGAUAUUAUAAAGCGAAGACAGAGUUCAACUCUCACCACGUGCUGCUCUCUGGGUUCCUCAACAUUGUUUAGUUUCUUGAGGCGGAUUUCCUCUGCCUUUUUUGAUAGGAGGUUCUUGCGCAACUUUUGUGUCAACCAGCUGAAGCGUUGAGUGUAAUUUUUUGAAAAAAUUGUGUCGCCAUAUUUUCUGUCAUGUACCAAAUAUCGACGUCAGGUUGCAUAAAUUCCGAACUUGUUUGAAAACUCUAAGAUAACGCCACAGCAAAUCGCACAGUUAAAUUCGCUGCUUCUUUUUACCUGCGAAUUUCAAGGUGAGCAUUAGCGAAACGAAAAUGCCUUUGAAAACUGGGAAAAAUUGCGCACAAAAUUACAAGUGUAAGUAAAUAGGCUUGUAGAGACAACGAUUGAUAAUGCCUUCACUAAAUUCUGCCUUGGUUUUUUUUUGGUAUUUCUUUCGAUCAGUUACUUACUACCUCGAAGCUAAAUUGUUCUGGGAGCAAACAUGAAAACCAACUUGUUCAUUCAACUUCCCUAGCUUGCACAUUAUUUUCCUACCUACUACCUCGAAGCUAAAUUGUUCAGGGAGCUAACAUGAAAACCAACUGGUUCAUUUAACUUCCCUAGCUUACACGUUAUUUUCACGGAAUUUAUUUAAUCUUCUCUUAGUAUGCUUCUGUACAAGAUUGUAAAAUCAACCCACUUUACAUCGAUAAAAUCAUAGUAGGGAUUAUUCUAUUCUUAUUCUAUUCUAAGCAUUGAGGAAAUAUAUACUUAAUUAAGAAAAGUAGAAACUGUCAGUUGUACAAAAUUGUUGCCAAAACGCUUUCUUUGCUCUCCUCUCCUUAUACAGAUACCUUAUUAGAAAUGUUGCAGUCUUUAAGGUCGAGACUUCAAGCCAAUGGUGAGAGCUGUCACUGUGGUGGUCAGUUUGAGUGGGUGGAUGGACAGCUUGUAGAGGCCCUCAAGUCUGGAUACUGGCUGUUGAUUGAUAAUGUGAACUUCUGCAGGUAAAUACGGCAAUUGGGGCACACUCUAGCCUACGUCACAGACGGAACUAAACUUCUGUGUCCAAUUUAAUAAAACUUUUACAAGUGUAAUUUACAAGUAUGGCUAUUUUUUUCAGACGCUAAAACAAUAGCUACACUUGUAAAUUACAAUUGUAAAAAUUUUAUUAAAUUGACCCCUGGUUAAGUCCGUCUGCGAAACAGGGCCGAAAUCCUUAAUUUAGGCCCCCACCUAGGUAUCAGGAUUUGAAUAAGUGCCAUGAUCGAUUGCCCUGUUAAAAAUUCAAUCGUCGGUUUGGCAAUCGGAUUAAAGGGAAAUUCGAAACGGAUUUCCGAUAAUUUGUUGAGUCCGUUGGGGGCCCUCAACGAUGAUCUUGGCGCUGCUUUGCUGACUUUAUUAACCGGGAUUAAAUAACGUCUUCAACACAGGCUAUCUGGUGGAUUGUCCUAGCUGGACAGACUUAUUCUUUUGGUUAUGACUCAGUUUAAAUCACUUUAUUACAACUUAUCAGUACUUACAGUUUUCUCCACGGCUUUCAUUCCUUGGAUUGGAAUAACUUCUAAGAAUCUAAGCAAAAAAGGAGUCGCUGGUUUCGCAUUAGGAGUCGCUUGUUCUUUUUUGAUAGACACGUACCAAUGUUUUCGUUUAUUUCAGUCCAUCUGUACUGGACAGACUGAAUGCAUUGUUGGAGCCUGGAGGGGUACUGACAAUUGAUGAAAGGGGUGCCAUUGAUGGUAGUAUCCCGUCCAUCAAGCCUCAUCCGAACUUCAGGUGAGACAGUGUUUGUUAUACUUGCUAUCCAAAGACUGGUUUAGAGAGCAAGUAGGACAAUUGAGGUCCUGUGUGAGCCCCGGCCUAUAUCUUUCGGGGUCCCCCAGGGUAGCGUACUUGGCCCGUUACUAUUUAUCAGUUUUUAAAUGACUUGCCUCUGGUAGUUCGAGGACGUAGCGUCGAGCUUUAUGCUGAUGAUACUCUUAUUUAUUUUGCGAGCAAGUCAGUCAGUGAAAUUCAAAUUCAGUUUACUAGUGGCCUAACUAAUGUCCUUAGCUGGCUUCACGCAAAUUUUCUAAUACUUAAUCUUGAAAAAACUGAGACUAUGUUGGCGUACUCAUCAGAGGACCGCAGCGGCUGAAGAUCUGGUGAAAGAUAGCAGUAAUACGCGCUUAUAUAGGGAUUACAACUUCAAAUAUCUUGGGGUCCUCCUUGACCACACCCUGUCCUGGAAGGACCAUGUAGAGUAUAUUGCUUUUAAGAUCUCGUUUAGAUUAGGUAUUCUGCGUCGAGCGCACAAGGUUCUUCCCAGAUUUACUUGUCCAUUGCUCUACAAUACUAUAGUCUUGCCAUUGUUCGUUUUUUGUUCGCCUGUCUAAGACAGUUGUAGGGUUGGGAGCAAAUCUUAUCUAGGUAAGCUAAACAGACGUGCCGCCUGUGUUAUUGAAUGUCGAUCUAUCAGGGCUGACGAGUUAAAGUCGACACUCGGCUGGCCGCCUACAAGCGCGUAGAGACUAUCUGACGUGAGUCUUAGUCGAUAAAUGUCUUCAUGGAAUGACGCCAUUGUACAUAAUUUCGGAGUUUAGGCACGCGCACCAAGUUCGUGGCUACAACACCAGAAGCCAUGAUUUGCUGCCUUCUCCUCUUGCGAAAACUGCUAAGUACCAAGGAAGCUUUAGAAUAAACGGUGCUCGCACAUAAAUAGAGGCGCUAAGAUUAAGCUCAAACUCCAUCUUAGACAAUAAUACCUGUACAUGUUGCCUUGACAACUUAAUUUUUGUUGUUUAGUCUCUUUAAUGUUUUAAUGUCUUUGUUUUUUUGUGUCGGCCUCAUUUAAACUAGCUGUUCUAAAUUGGAUGCUAGGGGAUAAAUAUUGAUUUAAAUAAAAUAGAUAAAAUAAAAUUGUCGAUUGUCGAGUGAAGCGAGCUGCGCGAGAACACGCAAGGUACAUGGAGAGCUUACUCACAGACUAGGCAAUAUCCUAUGAUCAAUCGCCAUUAUGCGACCUCGACUUGGGUAAAGUGGUAAAACCAGGACGAUGUAGUUUAUGGUAUAGGAAACAUGUUAAGUUGGAAACAUUUGUCAUGUUACGUUAGCAAGUUAGUUGUUGUUGUUUCUAGCUGAACAAGUAUUCGCCUAAUUUUUCGCCCUUUUUUUUCCUUUCCUUUAGACUGAUUCUGGCCAUGGAUCCUAGAUAUGGAGAAAUAUCACGAGCAAUGCGCAAUAGAGGAGUGGAAAUUUUCAUGUUGGGAGAGGUGGGAUUUUAACUUGCGGUAUACGUUUUGUCGUGUACAAGUGAGAUUAUUAGAACGUGGUGAAAUGCUGGGUUAACUUUGAAACAAUGGUGAAAUGUAGUGGAAAUAAAUGUAUGAGUAAUAGGAGACGAGGUACAGAAAUCACUACUCUAAAAAAGCGAUUUCUGUUUUUCGAAACAUUUUUUUAAUAGGGGGUUUAUGACUUAGUGCAGUGUGAUAAAUACAUGUAUGACAACCCGAAUGUGUGGUUAAACAUCCUCUGUGGCUAUCGUCCUUCAAUGGUUCAGGAGAUUAGAGGUAGCUGACAAUCCUUUUAUUGCCCAAACGUUGUCCAAGACUCGCUGAGGGCAAUAUGCAACGUAUUUUUUGCUACAUUUCAUGCUUACUGUGAAAGGCGAGGUUUUUGCAAGCUCAUUUUAAUCCAUGUAUUCUUAGGAGAUCUAUCUGUUACUUUACACAUCUCACUGUUUUUUCUUUAAGGAGGAUGGUGAUGUCUUUGAUGACUAUGAUCACCAAAUGAUGCUGCAUGGCUUAGGACUACAGAAUACCACGACAUGUGAUUCUCUAGUCGCCUUUCAUAAGCGUUUCAAACAUACCUUGGGCGGUAAGCAUUUACUUAACUAACGAAAUUCCGGCGCUGUAUCCCAAAAAAAUUGGUUUUAUCAUCUGCAUAGGAAAAGUCAUUGUACCAAGAUAAAAGGGUUGGAAAGCUGACGUUUCGAGCAAUAGUUAAAACACUCGAAUCAUUGUCUUUUCCACAUGUUGAACGGACUUUAUAUCUACUCCGUCUGUGAAUGAAAACGUAUGGUGUGAUCAUUCAAAUUGAACGUCUAUUUUGCAAUAUUUUGCGAAAUGAAGUUUGAGUUUUUCGUUGAAUUUAGAUCUUUGAGGGUCCCCAAUAGGGUUCUUCAAUCCCGUAAUCCCGACCAAAAAUUUCGUGCAGUUCCUUAAUCCCGAGGAUUAUUUCGGGUCUUUUAACUCGCGCGCAUACUUUCAAUCCCGAAUCUUGCCCGAUUUUGCUUUAAAAUCCCGAAUCCCGAGCUUCAAAUAAGGGAAAUCCCGGAUCCCGAAAAACCUAUUGAGGACCCUCAUCUUUGGGUAGUAGGGAGUUCAAAAGAACAGUCUCAAUUCCGUUUUAAUGCAGUUUCUGGCUAUGUUAACACCAUACUGGAUAGCUCUUGCACCGACACGAAAACCACACCAGAUAGGGCUUCUAAGAACGGUGAUUUCGACGCCCAUGGUCAUAUAUCCCAUAGGUUUUUGCUACUUCGUCGCAGUGUGAACAGGUAUUCGGACCUUAGCGGAAAUAAAUGAGAAGGAGCGAGGGCUGGAACCCACUGAGACGGAAGUGAUUAUUCAGAAGAUUUAUUGCACCAAAUCCUCUCGGCCAACCGCUCCGGGACGGUGUUCGAUGUGCGGGAGCGACUUGUUGCGGUUCUGUGCCGUUGCCGUUCAUACUGUACCUGAUAUCUUUUCAUGUCAGCACGAAUGACUAUCCGGUAUAGAAUAGACAUAGGGGAGCUUUAGCAAAGGCGUUUUUGAGCGACGCACGUCAACCGGAAGUAAAGGCUUUUCCCUUUUAAUAUGCCUUGACGCUACAAAAAAAAAGUAUUGCUAAGUUUCUUCAACUUUGUAACGACGAUUUGCCCGAAAAUUUGGGCAAAAGUACUGCCCAAAAAUGAAAAAAAAAACACUUCCGGUUAAUGUGGUCGCUUAAAAACGUCUUUGCUUAAGCCACCUAAAGCCUUAGAGAGUUAGAGAUUGAGUGAAGGUUGGUAUCCACUUGUUCUUAAUCGAUAGCUAGCCUUACUACGGGGUUGUCAGUUAGUAGGAGACGUUUGGACCGUAUUUUCGCAGGGAAACGCGAGACCUUUACAAAAAGGACACUUUGCAAAUUUUUCAAACUGUUUACCUUUGUCGCUGUUAAGAGUCCAAGGUUUGACUUCAAUGUUUUUAUGACAGGUUCUGUCCUUGACCUGCUCCAUUCAGCAUCUCUAACAGUGCAACUCCUUCUGAGGGGAAGUGAUUUGCAAGAAGCUGUGUUAACCUCCCUUAUGCAAGUUUACGCUCGAAAUCAGUCGUCUGAACACAACAAACAGGUAGUAUGUUUAAUUUUUACCUAGGUUUUCUUGUUCGUUGUCUUUGACGUUCGUCGUUCUAGUUUCUUAUGUGAAGUUUCGUUUUAAACAUAGUUACCAUGGUAAUUCUUCUAUCUAUCCUUCCAACUCAAAACUUGGGUCUUGGCCGACCUUUUUUGAACUUGUUGCACAGCAGGUCCUCGUUAGUACAUCAAACCCGCUUCCCCUUUCUACUUUAUAAACCGAUUGAUUGAUUGAUAAAUUGGCCUACUGAAUGGCCUAAUGUAUCCUUGUUAACUUUCGUAUAGCACUGUUCUCAGUGCUACAUGUGUUUGUAGCCUCUUGCAAAAUAAAAUUCUGUUUUUUUUUUAAUUUAGAAGUUUUACUGAAUGCACUCUUUUUUUUUUAAGGUUGCUGAGGAACUCAUCAGAAGGCACAUCAGUUCAUCGGCUCAUUCGGAAAAUGAAACUCACUCUAACUUGAUUCCAGAGUGUUUUCCAUCAGCACAAGCGUACCACACAAACUCUGUUGUAUCAACUGUUAUCUUGCACUCCUUGCCUUUGCUACGUAUUCUAAGGAAUAACAAUUCUGUACUACAACUGGAGGUUGCCGUCUUAUUGUUUCUUGAACGAUCAUCAGUGUACGACUGGAAGCUUAGGCUGGAUUAUCUUCAGUCAGUGAUGGAUGUUUUUUUCAGUGAAGGUUCCGUUCAGUGUGUUGAUGUCACUACGACUAUAAAAUCCUUCUUACAAAGUUUUGGUUCGGUGUUUGUUUCCGACCUCAUGAAGAAUUUGAAAAAUGAGAUGAAAAAUCUGAAGUUCACACGAUUUAGUAAGUAUUCGUGAUCAAUAUAUAACUUAUUGAGAAUGCCUACUGUCUUAUUGCGCUUCCCUCUUUAAAUAAAGUUAUUGUAUUGUAUUGUAUUGUAUUACUUGCCUAGGCUCUCCACAUUCAAGUGUACUGUGGGACUCGUUUUGCAGCUACUUUGAUAGUUAAAUUCUGCCUGAUGUCUGUAGCCUUCAACAGCUGUUCGCUUAACCCCGGGUCUAAAGAUGCCACUGACUAUGAAGGAGCUAACGUUGGUUAAUUUCGUGCAUAGAUUCUCAGAUGCUUGAUCAUUUGCCUUUUGACCUAAGGCUCAACGCGGAUCUUUUCAACCACCUCAAGCGAUCCUCGGAGAACUCUUCAGUGUUAGAUAAAGCAUCGGGAUUGUCAAACAGGUACUGUAACGUUUGCGAUGCAUUGGCAAUAUUUUUUGCCCAUUGCAAUCAAAAAGGCGUUCUUACGACAGGCCUUCGGACCUUCAGGUCUUAAAGAAACGUUUCUCGCAUUCCUAUAAGUAAAGGCACUAACUCGAGGCUUUGGUUGACAAAACACAGUAUUCUGUAUGAUUGUUGUCACACAAGUCUCGACUGCGUUUCCUUUUUUCCUUGUGUGUGUUCACUGGAGUGGAAUGCGGGAAAGGUCAAGUCAAGGACCUAGUUCUCUGUGCGCCAGUCCGCACAUUCUUACUUGGGAAAUACUUCUUUCUAGCUAACGCCGGCGGGAGUCGCUAAAACUCCACUGGGGGAACAUACUCAACCUGUAGGGAUUUUACUGAGAUCCUUAGUUACUCUCAGAUGUUUGCCUUCUGUCCGGAGGUGCCCACACAAAACCUUUAACCACUGUCUUCGGGCACAGCCCAGGGAAUACACAUUCCCUUACCCGGUCCCUGAGAUAACCUUCAGUUUUAAACUGGUGCACCGCGAGAAGGUAGUUAUCUAGGAGCUAGGUGAUCGGAGUAUAGAGAUUAGUCACCCUUAACACCACACCUGAAAAAUGUAGAAAAUUAAAAAAAAAACAAAACAACAAAGCAAAACAAAGAACAAAAGCAAAAUAGAAAAAUAGAAAAUAAAAGAAGGGGAAGAGACGGGAAAUAAGUGAUAUUUGAAGAAAAAAGAAAGCCGCCUGUUUACCUCUGCAUUAACUGCUUUCAGAUAUUUUUCAGAGCAGAAGGCAGCGUUUUUCACGAUUUUGCCUUGCGUAAAAGCCGUGGCUGCUGCCUACAAACACAGUCCUUCGAGCAAGGUCUAAGGUUACCUCACAAUACUUUGAAAAAAAAAGAAGAAAUUUAUUCAAAUCACUUACUAGGAAAACGAUUUGGGAGGCGUGGUAGGGUGGAUUUGGAAAACUGUACCUACCUCUGCUUGAGGGCGAGAACUCAUUAAAUAUAUACUGCAAAUAGGGAAGAUCAUGCAAUUAAAAGUUUGGGAAAAUGUUUUUGUCUUUUUCAACAUAGGUUGUCUUUACUGGAGAGUGAAGUGAGACGCCGUUGUCAUGAGGUUUUUCCCACAGAGUUACCCGCACGGAAUUUGAUUCAACUCUCUCGUUCUUUUCAUUCUGGUGAGAUAAAUAAGUUUCAUAUAUUCAACACCAAACCUAUUCUCAGGAUCUAUUUAAACGCUUGUGCGUUUUUUAAAGGAUUAAUUGCUUGGCUCAAUCAAUGCUUCAUUUCCGUAAAUGAUUUACCAGGCUUCCUCUCUCUAAUAGACGCCACCUCUACGCGAUGUUAAGUUUGUAUUAGGCACGCUUCUCUCAAAUAACCCCCCCUCCCUUCUGUCUAAUAGAUGCCCCCCUUCACACGACGGUUACUCCAAAAUGCUAGGAAUUAGCAAAAGAAGCAAAAUCAUUGAACUUAUUCAGUUUCUUCCUUGUUGAUGAACGGCGCUUGCGCAUGUUAAACGCCCCAUCUUGGUCCCUUAAAAUUAAAUAGAUACCCUAUGCGUCUGUUAGAUCAUUUACAGUAACUAAACUGUUGCAUUCUGUGUAUUAUUUACAGGCCAGCUGCAGCAGGAGUCGUUACCGCAUCCAGUUGUUGUUCAUCUUCUGCCCCUUUUUGAACUACUGUCGUCUUUCUUGGAAAAAGCCAUUUGCCAAGUGGAGUCAUUAGAUGACAAUCACUACUGGAUGGUAAAAUCAAUAACUUGACGUAAUAAUGCGGAAGUAAUUACUAUAGCUGUCUUAACCGAUACACAAUUAUGGGUUUCAGACAAUCCUUCUGUAAUAUCAUGCGGUUCUUUCAUCUUAAUCAUGUUAAUUUCUCCAUUCAGGGGCAGACACUCAUGACGCAGUUUGUAUGUGCAGUUUGUUACUCUUUCCAGAUAAUUUUUAGUUGUCUGUAAUUAUAUUGGGUUUGUUUUGAUGUGUUAUGUGUCAAGCUGUUAUUUUACGAUGGAAUUUCACCUAGGCUAUAGUUGUAAAAUUCUGUCUGGAUUAGUUCUUUAAAAGAUCUCUAGUUAGACUUUCUCGACGAUGACAUCCGAUGUAUCCAAUUCCUCCUGCUUAAGUUUCAACUGUUUUUGAAUAUUGUGAAACCUUGACUUUUUGUUAUAGUACAGCUCCCAAGCAUAUGUGAUGUUUGUUUAUAUUAACGUUCCACGAUCUUUUCAUUUUGCUAACUAGUCUUUCUUUCUCAUAGGUUACUGACGGCCUUGAGUGGAGCGACAGAUUACACAAGAUCUGUGAAAAGCAGACAAGCCAGACUUUCUCCAUCUCUGCUAUUUCCCUGCACUGGAGUUGGGUUGUGCAAAAUACAAUCAACACUUUAACAAAAGCAUUUAGCGUUGAGUAUGUUGCUGAGUUAUGUAUGUUUUUUGUUAGGUGAACGAUUAUCUCUCUCUUUCUGGGACUGUUUAUUUUUGCAUCGACUUUUACGGUGAUGUGUGUCACUGGAUAACAGAUUUUGCCAUCUUAUCUAUUAGCAAAUCUGUACCGAAAUCUGGUAUAUAUGUUGUAGUUUAUUUUUUUAUCUCUUUUUUAUCUCUAUUUGUUUCAACUUCAUUAGCAUACAUUACCAUACCCCAAAACAAAAGAAAAACAAAAAUUACCUGAGAUAAAAAAUUAACUACAACAUACGUAUCAGGUAGGUUUUGGGAGUGAGUCAAUAACUCCACCCAUCUAUUUACGUUUGCUUCUUUUAAAAGGGGACCUUUUUAGUCGGAUUUACAUUGAGAUUUAUUUUGGGUUAUGAAACGAAUAAAUUAUGCAUGGAUGUCUUCUUGUGUUUUUCUUUAGACAAUUGCCGAGCGACCUUUUGACAGUCGUAAAUCACUUGAACAGUAUUUUGGGAGUAGACAGCAGACUGGCGGAAGUAAAUUUGACGAUUCUGGCUGCAUAUGGGCAUCCUGCUCCAUUUAAGUCAAAACUGUCUUACCAGAUCUGGGUAUGUGUUGUGACCAUGUAUGAUUUCUCGUGAUGUUAUUGGAGAAAUGGUGUGCAUUUGGCGAGAACUUGUGGAAAAGGAAUUCUUGGUGUCGGCGAAAUGUUGCAAUAGAAUAGUGUCUAGUGUUUUAUCUUUCCGAAUGAGGAUCAUUUCAAGUUUCUGGAGGCGAGAAAAGCCACCUGAAGCUCUAGCCAUGUUCACUGCUUGUGGUUUGCUUCCUAGGAAAAAUUGUGGCGUCUUUGCCAGAGGAUUGAUUCAUGUCAGAAAAAAAAGCAGGGUGAUGAAAUUGAAGAGAAGCUGCAUGAAGCGAAACGAAAGCUAACAGAAGCUAUUGUUGAUAUGCUAACAAAGAAAAUAGAGGUUAAAGAAGAUCUGCAAUUUGGUAAGCUUACGCUAUUCCUUCCGUUUUUUAAUUGUCAGCCAUGCAGCAUUUUCACAUUGCCCAUGAUACACCUUGUUUUCCUCGCAAAAGGUUAGGCAUAACUAUUGUGUCCAAUUGCUACUGAGUUUUACAGUCGUCCCUAGGGAAAUUGAAGACGAUGCAUAAUUAUGCAAAUCGUUUUUAGCUGAGGGGAGUGGUGGAGUGAAAAUGGUGAAUUGCAAAGUGAGCCUUAGAGCGCUUUCCAUUUGUCAGAGCUGGCUGGCCAGACUAUUCCCUUUGUAAUGAGAAUUUCGCUUGUAAUCAAAACUGUCCAGCCAAAUCAGUCAAUUCCUAAAUAAUAUGCGCGGGCCAGUUCUCACUUUGGAAAGCACCUUAAGAGAGAUUUAACCUUUCCUUAUUUUUCUCUAACUUUUGAGCAGUGGCGUUAAAACACGCUAUAGGUAUUCUGAAACUCACCUGUGAAUUUUGCUGUCUAGAUUCUUUACUUACCAAUCUUGAGAAAAAUAAAGUAUUUGCGGAAGAUGUGACGUCGCCAUCGGAAGACUCUGCAGAACUGGAAAUGGAUCUUGAAAGGAACACAGUCACGAGUCAUGUGAGAAUGAAGCGAGUACUUUUGGCGAUGUUUGACGAGCUUUAUGGUUGGCAGGAGCAUGUGGUCCUAGGAACUUUGAUGUCGGGACUAGCAAAUCAAAUGGCUUGCCGGUUAGUUUUACUUUCGAAAAAUUUCUUUGCUUUAUUUGUUACUUACAAUCAUCGCUAGUUUGAUUUAGAAGAUAAUGAAUUAAGAUACCAACUCAGAACACAACACAUAACAUAGAUGCGGCCUGUUGUUGAAAAACAACGUAAACCUUCAGUUUUCAAAAACCUAAUGUCAUAAUACAAAAUGUUGUGCACAGUAAUUCCGCAGUCGAGUUCAUUAUUUGGGAGUAUAAGGAUUUGCAUUUGUCUGGAUUCUUGUGUUGGUAUCCUGUUCACUUCAUUCUACCCCUGGUCACAAAAUUUACAUCCUGUCUUCGAAGGACUUAUCCCCAUUUACUAACACGGUUUAUAGAUAAACGGUGUCAUGUCUCAAUGUCAUGCUUUGUUCCAGCGUGCAGUAAUCCUAUACUUUCAGUAAAGCUAAUUUAUUGUUCUGAAAAUUAAGGGAAAACUUCCAGAAGGCAGACGUCGUAGAGGAAAAGUUGAAAGCAAUUACAACAUAUCGAAUGAAGAAGAAAACUUCAUGGAACCCAGAAACACAAGCCCACUACCAACACCUGUGGCGUGCACUGCCUACAGUAAGCCCAUUUCUCUUUGGUCGGGUCAGUUUCGUCUAUAAGCUGUGGGAUUAUUUUCACGAGUGGAACAAGCCAUUUGUAAAUCCGACAGCCAACAAUCACAUCCAGUUGGUUAAGGAUAAUUUUGUAGCCUUGAUGAAAUUAUCGAAACUUUACAUCAUUAGAGUAGUUUUUGCUUCUGAGUCUUCCACUGAUGUUUCAAGUAGUUCACUGAGUCUUUAUCUAGUACAAUACCAAUGUGCGAAUAGCUAGUCAAAAGCUGCCACACUCCCGCAUUGCUGCUUUGCAAUUAAUAGUAUACAUAAUCUAACUAUACAGGAGAAUUUUGUAUUUCUUGUUGCAACUUUCUGUUUCUGUUUUAUCAUUUAAGGAGGACCACUUCAUUAGCAACUUCUGUCUUAUCUUUCAACCAGUGGAGUCUAAGCUACUGUCUAACUACUUCAUGUGUAAAAGUCAUACUCUAUGGAUGCAGAACAGCCAGGAAAAAUGCUCUUUAACUGAACAGGUAAUCAUUUACAGGGUUCGAAUGGGUCAUGGAAAACCUGGAAAAUCGCAAAAUUCAAGAAUUUUAUUAUCAAAGCUUAGAAAGUCACGGAAUUUUGUUGUCGGUCAUGGAAAAUCAUGGAAAUUGAAGCCAUGUUUGUUAGAUUAGACACUGCAGAUGUCAAAGCAAGGAAAAUAAGACAGACAAGAAAUCAAACGUCGCGAACGACAGGCUUUUUGGUGAAGUCCCAAGUUUCUCUGUUUGACUGAGUUAGGCCAAAAAAAUGUCCUAAAAAGGGAUAGUUUUGAAACUUGUCGAAAGCGACAGCUAAACCGAGGGUCCUGGAAAACUGGAAAAAGUCGGGGAAUUAGGAGCUAAAAUACUGCGAACUCAGAUUAAGGUUUGUUAUCUGAAAGGUACGUACAUUUUGGGAAACCUCUGAGAAGGUUCGUGUCUGUACCGUAAACAAGUGAAAUGUCUGCUCCUUGGCAUUCUUAGAAACAGCAGAGUUGUAGCCAGUUAUUUUCCUUAGCUGUAAACACUUCGUGUACGAAUUUAGCUAACACGUAUCAAGUAGGGAUUAGAAAAAACAAAACUUUAAUCAUACCACUUCGUGUGCUAAGUGGUUUUGAUUGUUUGAUUUCGUUAUAGGGUGUUGACGAGAAGGAGUCAAGGGUUCAUGGUCUUUUGGGUGGAGUUCAAAGUCUGUUACAUAACAUGGCAUCCAGAAAUUUCGUUGCAGAGACACACAGUCCUCUAUCCUCCCUGACUGUUAGGAACUAUCAUGAAAACAUUCAUCAGCUACAAAUGCUCUCCAAACACUUAUGGGUCAAUGGGGACUUCCUCGAUAACCAUUAUAAAGUAGAACAGUGAGUCUUGAUACUGUUUAUAUCCUGCAAACAAAUUCGGAAGGUGGACGUUGUGAAAUUGAUGGGGGCAAGAUCACCAUUGUCUUCCCUGCCUUCGUCUGUUAAUCAUUGUUGUCGACAUCAUUGUAUUGUCGUCAGUGUCAUUCGGUAUUAGGAAGCUUAGGCAAAUACUUUUUUGGGGGACGUACGUCAACUGGAAGUGGACAUUAUGUAUCCUUGGGCUGGGGUUCUGCCCAUAUUUUUGGGCAAAUCCUCCCUAAGACACAUUUAAGCGGAAAAGAUCUCACUUCCGGUUGUCGUGCAUUCCUGAAAAAGUGGUUUGGGCAUGUAUAAGAGAAGCUGAAAACAAAAUCAAAUGGAGGGAAAGGGUUGCUAUGUCCAUGGCGCCCCAGCGGUCACCAUGACUGUGGGAUAGAUGCAAUGUGCCCAAAAACGCCCUUGCUUAAGCUCCUUAUUACUGUCUCAAUUUUUGACUUUUAAAACAUUAUCACUUGAAUUUACAGAAAAUCCAGUACAGAGUUGCUUCAGUCCAAGUUUAUUCAAGUUUUACUGUCAUUGAAAGAGAUCCUCCCUCCAAAUCAUCAGCAGAGCCUUGUUGAUGCCGUUAAGAGUUUCGUUGAUGCCAUUGAACACGACAAUAAAGUUAUGAAUGUCAUUGAUGGAGUGGAAAGUGCUAUAAUCAAUGCGGUCGACAGCUACAAGCAGACCACUGGACAUAUCACUCAAGCUGAUUUGAUUUCCACCCUUUUCAACGAGUGCCUUGAAGGAAUUGCUGCUCUCCAGGACCGGCCAUCUGAAGGUAAAGUUAGUCGUUGGAAAAACAUGAUAACCUUUGUCGAAUGGUAAUUGAGCCAUCUUCUUAGCAGACGCAUCGUAUUCUGAGCUAGUCUGACCUCUAAUAACAGCCAUAAAUGUUAAUUUAAAGAUUGUUAAACGGACGCUGUUAUUAUUGUAUACCCUGACGAAGGCAGCAUUGCCGAAACGUCGGUCAAGAUUCUUAUAAUAACAGCGUCCGUUUUACAAUUUUUAAAUUAACAUUUAUAAGUACUACUCUGCGCAGGUUUUUCAAUCUCUACUAAUGGCCACCUCUCGACGGCCACUUUGUGGCGGACAGUCCAUACAUUGACUCUUGUUGAAACCUCUGUGCGAUGGCCACCUCUCUACCACGGCCACUUUCGUCUGUCUCCAAGAUGGCCGUUGAGGAAACGUUCAGCUGUACUUUCAGUGUUGUUACAUUUCUCGAGUGUACUCCAGUUUUGCUAAAUUUGGUUUCAGUUUGCAGAUUAAGUUGAUUGGGAAGAAGACUUCAAUUGAUCGAUUACCUAAUAGCUCUAGAAUCAUUGGUGUUAAUUACCCAAGACAUCAUGCGUGUAGUGUGCAUUUUCCCUCUAAAAGGGGAUAAAGGGAAAACGUUCAAGGUGUUACGUUUUUUAACAAUCUCUCUUGUUUUGCCUAGAUGCGAAUGAAAUGUUAUGGAAUGCCAUUUGUCUUGGUACUUUGUGGGUGAAACUUGGCUUGAUCCACUCUUUGCUACUGUGCCCAGUUGGAACUGUAGAUCCUGUGGAGAGGAUCGGCGUUGAGCUCCAGCAUGUUAAUGACAUGGUAAUUACUUGCUAAGGUCGCUCUAAUAGACCAAUUUUGAUAUAUCAAAAUCACACUUGCCAACGUGUCUUGGGGUAAUAAAACAAAAGAAAUGGAUUAUUCAUUCCUGAGUUUUGUUUUGCUCCCCCAAGCCUCGGAGCCGAAGGUGAAUUUCAAUGUAUCGAAAUUGGUCUUUUGUUGUUAAGGUUUUCAGGUUGGUGGGUCUUUGUUUUUUUGAAGUUAUCUCCUGUCACUUUUAAUUGCACCAGACUCGGCUGAUCUUUUUUUGUCUACAGAUUGUAAGAAUAGAGGAAGAAUUGAAGGUUAGAUAUGAUGCUGAAGAGAUGUGGACUGGGUUUAAGACUAACCUUGAGAAUCUAGAAACGCUGUUUGCAAAAGAGGCCUUACGUACAUCGCAGUUAACGUCAAAUCCCUGCAGAGUCUGGUGGCUGUUGAAAAAGCUAAAAGAACUCAAAGAACAACGACAUGCUCUGGAAAAAAACUCGGCUUUCAGACCAUUAGUAUCCCAGGUGAGCGCAUUAGUAAAAAAAGUCAAGGUAAAUUAGGCUUCCCGCUUUUGCAACUUAGAAGAAGGGCAUAGUUUGAACUGCUGCACUGAAUCCAGAUAUUAGUUAUUAGAGACCUUAAGAUACACUGUUUUUACGGUACAGGUAAAUUACCCGUAGCUGGAAAUACGGCUCAACGUUAACGUUUACGCGCGAUGCUUCAUUCGUUACUUCUAUUUUAUUUACGCGCAUAAAAUUUGCAUGGUUACCCACGAAAAAAAUUACCCGACGGUGUAAAAUCCACCUUACCCUGGGAGAAACCAGGUAGAACAAUGAUGCCAGCAUCUGGGAAAUCAUGUUUUCCAUAUACGUAACUACGUAGCAAACACGUCCGCCUAACCCCCCUUCCUAUUUUAUGUUUUCUUUUUUUAAACUGAUAGUUUGAGGCUAUUAUUGCUGAAGUCAGGCACUACAUGCAAACCGUAGGAGAUACUGAUAGUAUUAUCACUCUAUUGGACUCCAUGCGUGAGCUGGCAUCACAGAUCUUCACGUGUCUUAAGGAGGGCGCAGGUGAAGGUGUUAGUACAGUAUAUACUGCUAUUCACAAAGCAAAAGCAUGGUAUACUUCGGCGAAAAGAUUUGUCCAACAUUUGAUGAAGGAGUAUCCACUUUACUAUGAUCUUCUGCUCCCUUUUGUUGCCGGUAUUUGCCAAGUAAGUGAAUUUUGCGCAAAUAUAGUACUCAGUCUCGUUAUAGUAAUCUGUUUAGUUAUUCUCCGCUAUUAAAAAUCACUCUGCACACUUCGUAGGACUAUUAGAAUUCAUUAACACGAUUGCUAUCUGAAAUGGGACUGUGGAAGUAUCAAGGCUCUCCCAUUAUUAGAUAGUGCGAUGAAUAAGAUUUUUUAAUUUUACUUGUUUUAGGUUUUGCACAUCUUUCUACUACAGUAAUAGCCCGCGUAUAAGAACCUGAAUUUUUCAAUUUAGCCUAAAUAGGAUCUUAUAUAAAUGGUACCUAAAGCAAAUUUAGGCUAUCCAGGUUCUUAAAAUAGGUUCUUAUAUUUUCAUAUGAAUUUCAUCUGAAUAUACUAUAUAUAUUAUAAAUAUCAUCUGAUAAUACAGUAUAAAUCAUUUAUUUGUACCAUAGAGCAAUGCCUAUAGGCAGUUCAGUGCAGGUACAGCAUAUGUCUUUAAGAUGAUGAUCUUAAUUCAGCAGUUUCUACCUAUACACUUUUACAGCAACCCCACUGAUAAGAACCGAACUUAAAAUUUUAGCCUAAAUAGGUUCUUGUGUGGAGAGGGCUUAAAAUGAAAAUUUUAGCCUAACAGGUUCUUAAAACCCAGGUUCUUAUACGCGGGCUAUUACUGUAUUUAGACUUUUUUUAACACUUCUUACAAAGGGUUAGCAAUUUUGGAUUCUUGCCUUCUGCUUUUGUUGAACCCUCACAUUACCUCCUAUAUUGAAUGGUUAUUUGCAUUAUAUUAUGAGACUUUUAAAAAAUUAAACAUUGUUCUACUUUUCUAGUUCGUCGAAGUUAAAGCUUGGGUUAUCAUCUUUUCCUUACCCCAACACUCCCUUGUAUUCUUCUAUUUUAGUGACAUUGCCUGAAUAAUGUCGGGUUGAGUGCUUAAUUUCGCUUUUUCAUCUUUAGGUUAUAUAUGGAAUGUCCUUGAUAUCAGCAAGGCUAUCGACUUUGAAUGAUGAGUGUAAAUUUUGGGUUCAGUUCCCACUGAAUGUGAAAUCAAAGGUAAUUUUGUCCAAUAAACAAAGCAGUCUAUAACAAAUGCAUCAACUUUUGUCAACACGCCAUCCUGGUAUUCUUUCUGUGACCCUAUGUUUCAACGGGUGUGAUGCGCAAGCGAAGCUAUUCUCGUCGGCUUGUAAUGAAUACAACCACAUUUUUAGCCAGCUUUCAACUCCUUUAACCAGUUCUUACCUUGUCAUUGGUUACCAAUUUUCCUAACCACAAGUCUUUGUACUGUAUCAUUCCACCCCACAGAUAAGUGGGCCAGGCGAGGCAUUAGCGACGUUGUGUUACUCACCUACGUCACGUUCGUCUUCACCUCUUGAUGCUGCAGUUUCCUUGAUGUCCCCUUCCGUACAAGGCUGUGUUCAAGGUAACGGUUUGACGAUAUUUUUGUGUACUUCUUACAUAGCUAAGUCUGUGUGCCUUAAUGUGAACGUAAAUUAGCAGUAAAACUCUGUAAGUUUUAUGUAAGACUACAGAUGAUGGGUGUUGAGAGGCUGUGCUGUUACAUAACUGCGUUCGACGCCGAACAGACUGGACGUAAUACAGACUGGGGCAAGAUUGUGCGUGGCAACCGUUCAUGGUAGAUUGAAGGAAUCUUGGGACCCGCAACUUGAAUCCCUUUAAAUUUUGCUGGGAAGAAUGACAUCAUCAAAACUUGUCUAAGAAAAGAACACCUGCGGUUAAGAUGGGUUAAUCGCGCUAAUUUUUGUCAGUUUCUUCUGUUUUUAACAUGGAAGCUAUUGCUAUGACGAUUUAUGGUACUUCCUCUUUAUUACAGCAUUGGUUAAAUAUCUCCAAGACGAUAAAGUGGCUGCUUCAGUGUCUUCGCACCUGUCAUACAGGUUUGGGAAUCUAACGGUUUUUUAAUGAUCGAUUUGCUCUGUAUUUAAUCGGUCGCCGAGAGUUCUCUUUAAUCGCUGUGAGGCCUUGUCGAGAUCUCUGUGACAUUAUAAAGCUCGCCGACGGCUAGAUCUCGGCUAAAAUUUUGCGUGGUUAUAACGUUGGAUAGAAAGGGAAAAAUUAGACCUCUGUUUUUCUCCCGUGCUAGCGCACAUGCUUACUUUAACGGCUUAUUCCCUUGUGUGAAUAUUUUCAAGUUUGCAUUUUUAAGAGGAUCGACUUGCUUUUCAACGACCGAGGUUUUUUAAAUAAUUUUUUUUUCUUAAUAAUAUCUUCCCUUAGAAUUCUACGACUUUGUCUACUUCUUGUGCGUAAUCACUCAAUCCAGCAAGGCUUCGUCGAUGUUAAAAUUCGCCGUGCAUUGAAUUCGAUUCUGAAAGUUUUCCUUGAAAAGUGGAGAAUCUUCAAAGAGAAGGAAAAGGAAAGGGAAGAUGAAGAAGGAAGUCUGUUCAAAUUCAAGAAUAAAAGUCAUGGCCCAAGUCUGAGUGAAGAUGAAGAAAAUAAACAGGCUGUGAGCAAAGCCUUUCCAAGUUUCGAUAGAGACUUCAAAGACAUCAUGGCUUCACAGGAUUUGAAUGAGACUGGAAGCAUCGCUGAGGAAGAAGUCGAGCCAUCUCAGCAUUCACCUGUCUCGGAUGUGGAACUGUUCAUGGCAAAUAUGACUGAUUUUUCUGAAAUAACAAAAGUUCACGAGGAAAUGUACUGUCGUUUGCCAUCUAAUCGAGAGGUCUGUGUAGAGAGAAAGGACUUCUUUUUUCAGGACUCCGUGGACGCAUUGUAUUUGGAAGCUUUGCAGUGGAGCUACCGAACAUCCGCAAUUGUGAAUACAAUCAUUCCUUGUAAGUUAUUAUACAGUAUCAGUUUUCAUGAUCUGAAAUCAGUGUUACACCUUUUACUAUCGUGGUUGACAAAAAUUUUCUUUUGAGAAACAUUUUCGACCCGGGCGUGGAUUUGUAUUCCUAUAGAAACAAGUAGCGACUAGAUCAUAGCGUACCAAUCAGUAUGGCAGAUGUGAGGUAAUGCAUCUGUUUUCUUGGUUGGAAUUACUCUUACACUUUGUACUAUCGUGACAUAGUGCGUUUUCUUUUGACAUACAUUUUUCGACGACAAUGGGUGUGGAUUUGUUUCCUUUUAGGAACAGGUGGGGACGAGAUCAGAGUGCACCAACCAGUAUGGCAUAUAUAAUUUAAUGGAUCAGUUUUCAUGUUUUAGAACUUCACCUCAUACUAGCGUGGUAGAGUACUUUUUUGAGAAACGUUUUGGUACUUUUUUAGAACAAUUUUUCGGCAACCUUGGGUGUGGAUUUGUAUUCCUGUAGAAACAGGCAGAGACUAGACCGUAACGUAUCAAUCAGUAUCGCAGAUGUUCUAUUGGUUAACCAAGAUGAAAUAUCAACAACCACUUACAAUAUUUUGUCAAAACUAUCGGUAUGUAAUUUCUUUUUUGUCGCUUUGCAAAAAUAUUUCCCUUUUAUUCAGGGUCGCCUGUUGGGGAUCAGCUAUCCUGGUCACAUCUUUUACAAAGUUGUAUUUUGAAAGGAGACUUCCAAGCGCAGAAUAGUAUAAAGGUAAGAGAAUCAAACUGUUGUCUUACACAUGGUGAGAUUUUUUUUAACUUGUUCUUUUUCUUCUGCAGCAGCAACAACGACACUCGCUAAAUGCUCCGUCUGGGGGAGGUGAAAGCAUCCCUUUCAAUAUAUAUCAUGACUCUAACAUUCAAGAAGUUGUGAAGGUGAAACCAAUUCUUCAGGAUUUCAUUGCUCGUGUUCAGGGACUGUUAGCAGAGUGGCCUAGGCAUCCUACUCUAUUACAGGUAAAAACAUUUUCACAUACUUUCUAUAUAACGGAUUAAUCAUCUUCUUUGCCUCUUUAUCCCUUCUCCACGAGUACAUAGCUUGUGCAACGUGUUUAUCGGCGUAAUCAGGCGCAUUUUAGCUUAUCGAGCUCAGCCAGGUAUCUUUUGGCCUCUCGGACCACCGUUUGCCAGAUACAGUGUGUAGUGUCGUGGUGUCAAAGGAAGGAGUUCAAGAUCUAAUUAUAUUCGACAGGGGGACUAGCUUCAAGAGACUGUAAAGUAAGGAAAAAUUAUCAUAAGUUGAUUUUGUUCGAAAUAUUUGUGUGCGACCGAGAAAAUGUAAAACUACGACUUACACAGUCCAUUAUACAGCAAUUGUUGCCAGGUAGUCUUUUUUUGUCCCUCACGUCUGACUGUGAAUUUCUAACAAAAAUUGUGCAAAAUAUGAAAAAGCCCGUCGUUUUUGCCCAAAAGUGAAAUAUCCACUUUAAACUAAGUAGUGUAGUAGGGAACGAAUUAUCCUUUGUUGAACUGGAAUCGCACUUAUAUAGUGUGAAGUCGAAUACAUUAACGCCGAUGACGCCAUUGCCUUUUGUCGUUUAACAGUUGCUUCAUGCCUUAACGUGGGUUAUUAUGUCGAGAUAAAAAAGCACGCAGGAAGUUUCGUGAGCACGAAAGAGGCGUAAUACUAGCCUCUUGAGAUCUCCCGAAACUUUCCAAGUGCUUCAUAUCUCGACAUACGCACAGAUGAAGCAUAAGCUGAUCAUUUUAUAACGUCAAUGCGUUCAAUGCUGCAGUUGAAUUUUUAUCAUUAUCGCUAGCGUUCUAAGCAGUCCGCGUUAAUGUCUACGUGUGCAUAUAUUUUUUUCUAUCUCAUAGUUAUGGUUUGACAUGUUUUUAUCUUAAAACUGAGAGAAAGUUUGCUGAAGUCCGUUACGGUAACAUUCGAGGUUUUAGAAUCCAUAUGGAGAUGGAAAACAAUAACUUGACCGAAAAGUCUUUUAGAGUGAAAAAAAAAGGUCCAAAGAAUAGUUUGCACACACCAUAGCUUGCAAAGUUCGCACAGAUGACUUUUCCCCACUAUAAUUCAAACGUUUUCUCUUAACUUUACGUUAUAAGACACAUGGUAAACGCUUUAUGGUGUGCUAUUGAGUUAUGGAUGCACUUAGUAAGAUUCCUAAGCUCAAACGAGCUCGAGGUAUUAAUUCGUCGACGUCAUCUGCGUGCUCAAUCGGAAUAUGAAGCACGCUCGCGCUAUUGAAUUUAAUUAGGCGACUAGUCUAGAUAUGUUAAAUCUCAUGAAUAAAAUAAUGACGCUAUGACAUCAUCGGUGUUAAAGUAUUCCACUUCAAUCUGAUGAGAUUCACUAUUAAAAACGGAUAAUUUAGUCCCUACUUGACUACUAGUGUAAACUUUUUAUCUCGCUUCUUCACGCCGCCCUGGACAAUCUCAGUUGACUUAGUUCUAUCUGUUUUCUCAGCUAGAUAUGAUCUAACAAUAAUCGUGCAACUUCAUCAUGGAGGGUCCAUGAAUUUACUGUAUGUUUUGUGUUUGACACUUUUAACUUUUGCAGCUGGUAGAAGUGACAGAGAGGAUUUUGUCUUUUCCCGUCACAAGUCCGGUCAUGAAGAUUCUAACAGGUCUUGAAGUUCUCCUAAGAAAGGCUCAGGUAAGUUAGUGUCCUUCUAAUCUGUUCGUUGUGUCUUUACGCGACGCUUCCUGUGGAGAGAGAUGUUUGUUAUACUCGUUCUCGUUAAAGUAGUAGGAGUAGUAUGUUCUUUUCUUAUUCUUAAAAGAGGUGAUUAGUCGGUCAUUUCUCAAAUGUUAAGUUUCUAAACUAUGCCUUUAAAUUGUGCUACAGGACUGGGAGUCAAAUGCCGCAAAGCAUGUCAGCCUUAAAGACCAUUUGGAUAGCGUGACACAGCUAAUAAUAGAGUGGAGGAAAAUGGAGCUCAAGUAUGAAUCUUCAUCUGUCUACGAUAAAAUUAGCUAAGUGUCGUAAAAUAUGGCACGUUAAUUUUCCAGAUAAAGGUAUGGGAGCUAAAGAGCUCAGUAUAUAAAGGAUAGGAGACGUGUUUUAUUAAGUUUAAAAAAACGUCGCCCUAAGACUUGAAAAGAAAGUAACACGAACUGCUAGUUUAGAAUCAUAGGCCUCUUGCAUUAGCAUCAUUCCUCGUCUGUUCAUUCUUUCGAUAAUUGUUGUUUUUUAUUAUUUUUCGCGAGAAAAUUGGUUCGAAAAACUUUGCCUCGUUUUUAGAGAUUUAAAGGCGAUCGUGAGAUUUUAAUUGAUGCUGUGUUUUCUUCGUGGAUUGUUAGUGAGGUUUUUUUAAAUUUUUGUGAGUUGCGCUCGUAUUACCGUGUCAUUUGGAAAUUAGUGCGUCUGUGAUAAAAACUAAAAAUUCUGGCAGCAUUUCAAGUCAUUUGUUUGCUUUGCUGUAGAUGCUGGUCAUCUCUGCUUGAUGUGGCUACUGUCAAAUCAGCUACCAAGGCCAGUCAGUGGUGGUUUCACAUUUACAACUCAUUAGAACAGUUCAGAGCUGAUGUUCCACCGCAAGAAAUCACCGGUAUGUAACUUUCUUUUUUGAGGUCAUGUUUUACUCUAAAAUUGUUAAGACAAUUUGUCUUCAAGCCUCCUUGUGUUAACCUUCCCUAGUUAGAAGUUCCCUCCAUGUAACUUUAGGUGUCGUUUGCACAUUACCUUUAGGACUUUUCUAUGUUUGGUAAAACAACAAGACGCUUUUAAAGCGUUAAGUCGAGCUUGCUUGGAGAUAAAUAAGAAAUGAGGAGACGAUUAAUUCGUCCAUGCCAUUAGCAAAGCUUUGCUCUUUACAAACACUUUGCAGAGGACUCAAUGUGUUAUCUUCUAAAUUAAGACUUUUUAAACGUCAUUACAAGAGCGUUAUUGAGUUGAAGUUAGAAAACACAUGCAUUUUGAAUACUUAUUAACUUUUUUCCGCAAGGCGUAUGCCUUUGUUUUUCAGUUCUUGCAACAGCUUUACUAUAGUGUUACUAAUCGCGGUAUGUUUAUGAUAGACUCCUUUAUCGUCUAAAUGUCAAUUUAAAAUGCAAAAUCGACGCUGUUCGAAAGAGUAUUAACCGACGUUUCGGCAAUGCUGCCUUCUUCAGGGUACAAGACUAAAUACCCUGAAGAAGGCAGCAUUGCGGAAACGUCGGUAAGACUCUUUUGAACAGGGUCGAUUUUAGAAUUUUCAAAUUAACAUUGAGUAGCUACGCUGCGCAGGGAAUGUAAUCUUUAUUUCACAAGUUUCUUUACCGUCUAUCUUGCCAACGUCAGUUAUUGAUCGCGAAAUUUCGACCGCAACGUACUACCAGUCUCCAUCAAGUGAUCUUUGCUCAGACUAACAUUUGUUGUUUUUAUAGGCGUAGACCAUAGUGCCAGUGAAUUGAUUCAACCAUUUCAAAGAUUCAUUGAGAGCUCUACACUUGGAGAGUUUACCUCUCGUGUUCAAAUGUUAUUCACUUUCUACAAAGAGAUGUGUAAUGAAGAAGGUAGAACUUCUACAUUGGAAGGUAAGCUGUGACCAGUUAAUAAAACGCCUUGAAUAACAGCUAGUCCUUUUUGAUAACCUCUAAAAUGAUACAUUUAGAUUAGAUUCUAAAAAUUAAUGAGAGUAACAUUAUCCUCUCUUAUGUAUUGUGUAAUUGAAUAGGUUUAGAACAGAAGAUUGGUCGGUUUAUUAUAGUGGUGCAUCAGUUGCCACAAAGCAGAAGACGCACUGAACGUUUGCUAAACUUAGCUAAAGACAACAUCAUUUUUUUUUCAGUGAAAGCAUCAGAUGUGCUGUGGAACCUGUACAGCUAUUACAAACAGUUUAUUCCAUGCAUUGAACAAUCUCUACAAGAAGCGAGGAAACCGAUUGAAAAGGAACUUAAGGUUUGUUGUGCACGUGAGCAAUAUAGUAAGAGAGAAAUUAGCCGCCUUUUUCCAGAGAAACACACGAUUUUUGUUUUGUUUUACCUAGUAGCAUGUUUUUGGUUUUGUUUAGUUUCUCUAUUUAUUAUCUUGUUAUAUUUUAUUUUAGGAUUUUGUCAAGAUCGCUAAAUGGAACGAUUCUAACUUCUGGGCUAUGAAGCAAGCUGCUGACAAAUCGCAUCACACACUGCACAAAUUUGUGCGGAAAUACGAGGUGCCUAAUUUUACCUAAUGUAACCACAUAUGAAGUGUUGCUUGAGUAAACUAGUUUAGAAAGUUUACAAUUAAAUUUUUUCAAAUCUUGGAACACUUCUGCCUGUGGCAGAACUGUUAUAAAUGCUUCACAGCUGAUUUUGAACGUAUACCAUUUCUUGAAACCACUGAGCUGCUGCCAUUAUAUAUGCAGAGUGUGAAGAAAAUUCUUGUGAUGGUUGCCACAGGUCAGAAAAUGGCCAGAGGAAAAAACUCUUUAAUGUCAGGGGGUUAGGGAAUUUAAUUUAGGGUUAGGGAAAAUUUAAGUCUUUGAAAGAAGUCAGGGAAAAGUGACAUUUUAAGGUUACAUUUUUUUUUUCCUUUCCCUCAACUUUAUUGUUGUCCAACACUUAUAUAAUAUUUUUGUGCAUUUUACGGACUUGAAACAUGUUGUAUUGGUAGAAUAUUGUUCAUAAAAAUUGAACGACAAACGGAUGUUGGGUUUUCGAGAAAAUCAAUCCUUUUUGCACGUUAUGCUUAGGAACUAUCAAUUCAUGUACAGUGCAUGUGACUUGCUGUAAGGAUUAAUUAAUGGGUAGAGAGGAUACUGUUAGAGAGCCGAGGGUUGAGUCCAUUAUCAGGACUAAUUUGUGAAAUCGUUAAUUCAGUUGGUCAGGGAAAUUUUACAUUUUUUCAGUAAAAAGUCAGGGAGAAGUCAAGGAACUUCAGAAACCUCUUGCUAGGGCUACCAUGCUUUUCUUCUCUUUGUCGUAUUUCUAACUUUCUUCCUUUUUUUUAUCUUCUCCUGCAGUCGUCUCUUGAUCAGCCAGUGGAGAAGACCUUGAUGAAUGUAAAGAAGAUUCUUUCCUCAUCCGAAGAUAACAAACUUCAAACCAGUGAGCAAAAAACCCUCAAAGCUGAAUGGUUCACAUCCCCUGAUCACUUGAAGGUGAGUGAGUAAAGAUUUUACCGUGGGAUAAUGUUACUGAAGUUAUUUCUAACCCCAAUAGACCUCUUUGUUAAUGGCGCCCCAUAUAUUUAUUCUUUCAUAUUUAUAUAAGUGAGCCUUUCUGGUCUCGUUUGAAAGUAAGAAUUCUUUUGUAUCAUGGACAUGCUAACCAAGUCAGAAAGGCUAAUAAUCAUACACAGAAGAAGCUUAGGGCCUCUUCACAUGAGCCUGGUUGACCGGGCUGGCCAGGUUUCCGAAAUCUCGCUUUACCUCUGAAUCCUUUGUAAAAUUUUCGAUGUGUUCACGUGAGAGGGUGGACUGGCUCGGUUCCUGAGAACUCGGGUUUUCCAACCGGGAUAUCGGGAAAAGGGCUGGACAUUUUGCCAUAUGAACACAGGAACAAAGCGGGAUGAAUUCUGGCGGCCCAGAUAGCAUCGUCGCGCAUUGCCUGCUGUAUUUUACGCAUCAUAAGCAUCCCAUUUAACUGCAGUGAUACAGCUUUAAGAGUUACCGAAGCUAUGAUAGGUUCGAAAGUUAUAGCUUUUGUGUUUCGCCACGUUUGCUUUGCAUCUUGAAUUUCGCGCCAGAACUCGCCCCAGGAUCUUUGGCCUUUUCUCAUCUCGGAGACCGGGCUAAAAUUUCUCAUAUGAAACCAAAGCUAAAUUGGUCCCGGUAGCCGGGCUAGUCCGGUCAACCGAGCUCAUGUGAAGUGGCCCUUAGUCUGAUAAGAAAAACGGCAUGUGUUAGAAUUUCUAUUUGUGUUGUUAACCAAGUCUCUUUUAAGUUUUGAUCUUGAGAACUUUUGCUACAUUUUAGGUUUAUUGCAAUAGAAGCCUUCAUGUUUUACCGAUGUAUGAAGCCAUUGGAGUGUGUCUUCCAUCCACUCAGACCCGUCUCUCAAAGCUCUUUCAAAAGAUGAGACAGCAUUCCGAACAGAUGUUGUGUCAGCGGCACUACAUGUUAGCAGUGACGGCAUUAGAUGACUUCACGGGUUUGUUGAACCGCUGUUCUUGUUUGGUCUCUUUACUUGACUUAUCCGUUGUUUAACAUCACUGCGUAUUCCAGUGACAUAAAUAGAUCGCAUAAAUUGGCAGGGUUAAAAACGUGUAAUUGUGUUUUGGUUGUCCAUUUUUUUAGGCGAAGUAAUUACAAGCUCCAAUGAACUCCAAACUUUAGACGUGUCCAGCCAGGUAACACAUACAAAAAGCCUGUGUAUCUCAAAUCGGACAUUUCCACGAUGACGUCCUUUUACUUCUAAGACCAGAAUUCGUUUCUUUUUUUCGUUAAUUCAUAUUGAAGUGUUGGUAAACCCAGUGAGGUUUAAAUAACAAAAGCCCUGAUUUACACAAGAAAACAAAACCCUGAAGGAUUAUAGUGGUGAUAGCAGUAGCAGUAAAAAGACGCCAUCGUGGCAAAUGGCGUUUUGUUUGAUUGUUCGAUUAACAAUGUUGUCGGCCUUGGGACGUGGAACAUACUUUCCACCUGAGAGGUUGUUUCAAAUUUUAACUGAUCUCUUUGGGGGCGGUAUGAAUUCAUAUUUGCAAUAGCUAUGUCGCAAAUGGAGUAUUUUUUCUCGGUUUAUGGAGUAAAAUUACCCUGCCACAAAGGGGCGUAACUCCAACCUAAAAAGGUGUAUUUUCUGCCUCGACCCAAACCUUCCUUUUUAUGUCUUCCUCGGCGCGCGUGGUGUCUUGAGAAGGACGUACUUUACUACUUCGCGUUUUGCAUUUCUCCCAUAAAAUCCAGCACUCCCUGGUCUCCGCUUGAGAGUGAGGCAGGUAUAUUUGAACUGGUUUUUGUGUGGAAGAUGUGAAGAGAAUUUACCAUUGAUUUUUGUUCCAAACAGUAGGGGAAAUAUAGCCUUGACUUACUGUUUUAUUAACCUUUUCUUUCAGCCAAAAGAAAAACGGGCAGAAUUAAGUAAGCAUAUUCAACAACGGAAGCGGAAAAGCUUGUCAGAUCUGUUCAAGAUGUUGGCUUCUCUUGGUAUGAUAGAAGUUACUUUAUGUAAUUACACUACAAAAAUAAAGCGAUUCCAGCUCCAUUACAAAAUUGUUCCCCCUUUAACAUACCUACUAAUAAGAAUAAAUCGCUAAAACAGGAAGUCUUCUUGUCAUUUUCGUGUAAAAGGGCUAAAUCUAAAGUGAUAUAGCUAUAAGGUGCUCCUUUCCGAAGCAUUUUAAUUAAAUCCGCUACUGAUAUUACUGAAGUGUCUGUAACUUAAGCUGUCCUGUUGGAAGGUUUGGCGGUUUUAUAGUGAAAAGUUAAUCGUGGACAGCAUUCUCCCGGGGGAAUGUUUUGAUGCUUACAACGUCAAAUGAGUUAGACGAUGAUGAAUUUUGUCUUUUACUGAUUUAUCCAUAGUCAUCUAAGAACACUGCGUAAGUCUAAGCAAAUUACAACUUUCAGUGCUGAUAGUUCUUUGUCCAGUUAAAUUCCGCAACGUGAACCUUGCAACUAAAUGAAAUAAGUAAAAUUGUAAAGGUAUUUAUUUAUUGAAUGCCUUACUAUCAGACUGAAACUUAGUAUUUCGCGCGCUUCUUCUUAACCUGAGAAAACAGCCAACAUUUUCGCGACGCCACCACUGGUUUCCCCGCGAAAUGACGUCUGAGAAACGAGCGCAGAAAUUCCAUACUGAUGACGCGUCACUACCCAGAUCUGGGUACUGUUUCUGAUUGGUUAGAGCAAAUUUCCCACGCGGUAGGACCAAUCAGAAAAACUACCCAGAUCUGAGUAGUGACGCAUCAUCAGUAUGAAAUUUCUACGCUGGUUUCUCAGACGUCAUUUCGCGGGGAAACCAGUGGUGGCGUGGCGAAAUGUCUGCUGUUUUGUCAAGCUAGGUUCUGCUUUGUAUAUGAUUAAAAAUGGAUUAUUUUCUAGGGGUGUCAUACCGUAAGGGACUAACUCUUGAACGCCAGUGCACAGGGAAGGAAGCCAUGUUGCUCGCUGCAGUUGAUGAAGAGGCUAUCACCAGAUCAUUUACGCUGCUCUCAGAUAGAUCACCGUAAGCACUCAUAGUAGUCACACAACAUCGAUGUAUAAAAGUUGUGAAAUACUUGACUUACCACUUUAUUAGUUUUCACAGUGUUAGUUUUUUAAUUGACAUAUAAUAGAAUUUCAGGUCAAAAUUAUUUUAAUUUCUUCAAAUUGCCUUUGUCUAAAUUGUCUUCAUUCAUUACAAAAAUUGCGUGUUCGACCAUCUUUGAUAUUAGGAGACUAUCUUAAAUAACAGGAGAAUUUAAAGGUCGUUGUUAUCUUUGACCGUGUGAGCACCAUAAAAGUUGUUUCGUUCUGUUUUUUUUAAAUGAUAACAAUGUAAUUGAAGUUCAGAAAUGCCAAAAUCGUAGAACCCCAAUCGUAGUGUGAUUGAAGUGUAAUCUGUUAUUGUUGGUUAUUUUCAGUGACUUGUUACAUAAAGUACGUAAUCUUUUGGAUGGCUGCUGUCAUCACUACCACAAGGCGCUAGCUAGGUCAGCGGCUUUCUCUGCUGCCAUGAUAACGCCUUCAAAGGUGAGAAAACAGUAAAUCUAUUUUCUUUCCUUUACCGUUUGGAAUUGGGAAUAACCAAUUACCCUGAUUUUAGGUCUCUUGUCUUCCUUGGUUCGCCCACUGAAAGGGUAAAAAGGCAUGUAGUCAUAUGGUGUUUCAAGUCCUUGGUCCUUGGUGUGGACUUGUAACACGUCUACAUACAAAUCCAUGGCUAUCCUAUUUAGGUAGCAAGCUGGUCAAGCCUUUCAUCAAUUGUUAAUUCGUUCUAUUUGUCAGUAUACUCUAUUACUUUCCUGGAAAGUCGAGUCGUGGAUUAGUGAAGUAGCCUUGAAACAGCCACUGUGUAUAGGUAAUGAUUGUGUUGUUUCUUCAUUACAUUUAGGAGCUUAGUGUUGGUGACAUUGAUCGUUGUAAGGGUUGCAGUCAUCACCUGCUCAAUAUUUGUUAUCAACAGAGAAAGUUCAUAGCACAGUUCUCACAACACAUCACCAGUGCAAGGUAAUAGUUCACAACCUCGACUAACAACGUUAGUAUUUCCACCGACCCAAGUUCUAAUGUCACGCAUUGUAGCUAUCUAUUUUCAUCUAUUUGCUUUGUAGCGUUUGUCUUAAUCAGCUUGUGGAAAGCGUUGGCCUGGCAGAUGAUGAUAUAGACAGUACACGUACAUCUCUACCUCCUCAAACUAAGCUGCAAGAACGAACAGUAAGUCAACAACGAACAACUGGUCAUUUGCUGAGGUUUCUUUGCCUUCUAAACUUGUGCUCCUUAACAACUUAUUUAUUUACCAGCUUUUCUGCACACAGGCCUGCCCAGAGGGAAUGUGCACGAACGGGACUCAGGUCCCAUGUGAGGUGCCAUCCCUGCCCAAUCCCACAACCCGUAAAGGUUGGCCACACCACCGGGGUCUACGACCCCUACUCUUUUCGAAUAGUGAUGUGGGUUCUUUUACGUCCCACAAGAACAAAUCAGUGAAAGUGCUGUGAGACGGGACCUACGGUUUUUCGUCCUUAUCCGAGAAGACUAGAAAGUCUAACCAUUUGCAGAUGUCAUUACAAAGGCAGCACUUUCUUCUCAGUUAUUUAAAGACCCUGAGUGUUGGUCCGGCCGGGGUUUGAACCCGCGACCUUCCCGCUCGGCAGACCGGCGCUCUCCCAACUGAGCUAACCAGGCGGCGGUUUUUCUUCGGACACAAACAUUUGCUUUUAUGAACUGAAUUGAUGAAGUUCACUGGCCACCGUAGAAAAUUUAGGAACUGGUGUUUCGUUCGGUUAAGCCCUUCCUUAGAGUAAAUCAUUGACGAAGGGCGACAGCUCGAGACUUCAGUUUCUCAAUCCUCCUACGGUGAAAUUUAGAGAUUGAGUUCUGAUGUGUUGAUGAGCACAAUACUGGAACCUUUUUUCAUUUCUUAGGUGCGAGUGAUGGGUCUUUUAACCCACACAGCUCAUGUGUUACAGCAUAUGUCCUUACUGAUAAAGUGUUGUCCCAGUGAUGUGUCCCUUCAGGAGUGGACACCUUUGCCGAAGACCAUGCUGUCACCUCUGGCUUUGUCAUCUUCAGAUGAUCCCCUUGUUACAGACGUCUCUAAGACUCUGGAGGUACCUUUGUUAUUUUCUUAUGAGUACUGCAUCUUGGUGACCUUUGUUCAGUACAGCCAUAUGCGAAUAAAAUGAUUAAAUUUUGCAACUAUACUGAACUGCCCUUCAACGUUAGUAAUUCCUUGAAUUAAUAAUUAGGCUUAGGUGAGGGAAUACUUGAUCAAGGAGCUACAAUGUAGACGAGAAGAUGCUCGACCAGUUGGUGUAUCCUACCUUUAGCAGUUUGCAGGGCUCCUUGUAUCGAUCCAUUCUUUGCGGACAAGUUAAGUGCUUUGAAGGCUUGUUUGAACCAGGCUCUAUAGUAGAGCGAUGGAUCGAUGUUUGGUUAAGCUACAGAACAGGGGCGGAUCCAGGAUUUUUUAGGAGGGGGUGCACUCGUCUCUUGCUCUACUUCAACACCAAUAAACCACAUAGUUUUUUUUUGCAGAAUACCAGUCAUCUCAGGGGGGGAGGGUGCGCACCCCCUGCACCCUCCCCCUACAUCCGUGCCUGCAGAACGUACAUGUAGUAUCUUAUCGAGCGGAAUUAGUCGAGCAUUAACAGGUCAAACUUUAAGUCAGUCUCUAAGGACUCGAAGGAAACAAUAUCUACCUCAAAUUUAGAAGAAACACGAAAAAACGAAUCUGGCUUUCCAAGAAAUUAAAUUCCACGUUGUAAUCAGUUUUGUCUUGAUUUCUUUUCUAAAUGUAAGGACUCCGUGACGAAAGUGCAACAGCUCAUUCAACAUGUCCGUCCUUAUGCUGCAGUGUCUGAUAACAUGGUGAACAGUACUAGCCGGGAUGAAAUGACAACUUUCAUAGCUUCUUGGUAAGUUCUAUGUUUUUGCUUUUUUUUUAUUUUAAGAAUAUCAGGGGGUUUCACUUCUCAAAGGUUAGUUAGAUUAUGCAGGUUUCUGAGGCGCGUUACCGCGCGACGGCAUUCCUCCAAACCCUUGUAAUUCCGAACUCAGUCCAGGUACGAGAAGGAAAGGGCGCUUUUCAUUCGACAAGAAUUGCGGUUUGAAAUCUCAGGAAUUUCAUGUGCCCAGUGGAACGGUACAUUCGGGUUGCACGGACCCGACACAAGCCAUUGCGCGUUUUGUUAUUGUACUUGCAAACAGGAUCAUACAGAUGAGUGGUAGUGGGAACAACAAUCUUGUCAAAUGGACAGGCACAUUUCAGUAUCCAACUGACAGAAAUGACCAGACCGGGCAAUGUAGACCACCUUCAAAGGUGGUCUCAAAUAUUUAGCUCGGACCGAACCGCACUGGUUCGUUCCAUUUGAUUUCUGAUCGAAUAUUCCGGUAUUUUGGGCUGAAUGGAAAGCGCCAAAAGCGUCUAGCAAGGAAGACUCGGAAGUAAGAAUUCAACGCGAGUGGUUUCAUUGAUAUGCUUGCAAGCAAAGGUUUAAAGUAAGAAAACACAAUAGACUGUCGCAAAGAGUAAUCUAUUUCUCGGGACCUUUUCACCCUUAUUCUGGUAUGGUGUAGGCACAGUACUUUUAGCCUCAUUCGCAGAUUUGUCGAUAUGAGAAGGGCCUUAACAAGCUUUAGUGAAUGGUCAAUCUGUAGUGCUUGAUUUUGCGAAGUCACCCAGUUGUUUGUUUCUUUUAUUUGUCUUGUGUUUUUGUUGUCAUAGGCGUCAGUUUAGAGUUGUAUCAGAUGCGUUUAUCAAGCUUGAGGGCAUUGCGGAGGUGAUCGAUGAAAUGCUACCGAAAUUUGCGUCAAAGUGGUGAGCUGUAGAAGAACCUGGUUUCAAGAGGCUAUUGUUAUCAUUGGACUUAAAAAAUGUUCAUAAGAUUUCUAGUUAGACAUUAGUAUGGUCUUAUAAAGUGUAUGAUCGAGUCAGUUGUGUUGUUUAGAGAAUCUGUGUAAAAAUUCGAUAGUGUUAAAUAAGAAAUAGCAUUUAGGUGUUUACGAUUGUCUUUGUUAUUGUAAACAUGUUUUUCGCCUUUUUUCCAGCUGUAGUAUCGAGAAAGGCCUAGGUGGCUCGCUCGUCGACCUCAAAAACGAGAUUAGGAGCGAGUGUAACGAAUUCAACACUUGGAGGCUCAAAACACUAGCCGAACGAGGAAGAGAUGGAACUAAUGAAGUGUCUUUUAACAAGGAAGGUAAGAAUUUAUCAACGCAUUUGCUUCUCGUUGUAGAAAAAGGAGAAGAGUGUCAAAAUGUACUGUUUCGUUUUUCCUUCAGUUAUGGUUACAGUCGACACAUUUCUGAAAGAGCUAGACGCCAUGAACACAUCGCUUCUGUUAGGCAUUCAAAAGCUGGCAAAAAUAGCGGAAAGCAGGGGCAGUGAAAGUACGCAAGAACAAGAAACUGCAGAUUCAGGUAGACGUAACAGACACUAUAUUAAUUCCUUCUCUUCUCCUUAACCUGAUAGGAUACCUGGCUAUUCCGUGUUUCUUUCCUUGUUAGUCCAUUAGUAGCCAUUUUUUUUUACAAAAAAGCGGUUAAAACUGUAAACGGUCUAACAUGUUUUUCUUCUUAAACCGUGACAAAAGACGGAUCGAAGCACACCAAUGAUACAAAGAGUGUUCAUAACCGAUAACAUCACGGCUUAACUGACAGACGAUCUAACACACCGGCUUUAUUGACCAAUCAGGCCAAUAUCCAGAGUUAAACACCAUUAACUGACGUGCUUCAACUCACUUUGACUCUAAAGAUAACUACCUCAGGGGUUGUCGACAGGUCAGUUAUCGUCAACAACAGUCCUAUUGCGGACUACGCUCACCAGGACGAUCAUAUUCCACCUAGUUAUGAGGUUGUUCUUUUCACGCCAGAUGCUGACGUUGGAAGUAUGGAACUCCUAGACGGGCACUUGACGAUGCGUCUCCAUCGUGACCUACUAGAAGAGAUAAACUGUCUUGGUUUAGAAAAAGUGAUGAAAAGUAUAUCCGAUCUCAUGUCUCAGCUGAAAAACAUGGCUGAUUGCACUGGGUUGGCUUCAAAUGCACCUGAUCAGCUACCAUCCAUCAGCUUGUGUGCACAGCUUUUUGGAACCACCAUCCCUCUUCUUCAUCAAUAUCUGAACAUAUCGCAGCAUUUUCUGGUCAAUUUGCUAGCAGCCCACCGUGUCACCAGCAAACUGUUAUCGGUACUUCUCAGCAUUUUUACCGACCUGGUCUCAAAAGGAUUCUGUCUCCCCCCGGAAAUAGAAGAAGGUGAAGCUGACGGAGCCACUGAAUUCGAGGAUAUUGAAGGGGGAGGCAUCGGGGAAGGAGAGGGGAUGAAGGACGUCAGCGAUCAAAUCGAGAGCGAAGAUCAGGUUAGUUCUUAUUGUUUUCUCUUGCAGUGUAUUCAUAAGAAUCGGGCUAUUACAGCCAUCAGUUGUCUCGCUGAACUUAUUUCAGAGACUCAGACGCUAAUGUAUAUUAUUUUUACCAAGUAUGGUCUCGUAAAACAUGCCUAACAGCUUUCUGGUAGAGUUCCGUAGGAUACACUUUUGCUAUAUAACAGACGCAAAUUAUUGGUAGUGACCAGUUCCGUAGGAUACAGCCAACAUUUUGCCUUAUAUAACAGACGCAAAUUAUUGGAAAGAGCUCGCAACAGUGACCAUUUUAAUACGCGAAAGGAUGUUUUUGAAGAAUCAUCGUUGUUGUUGGAAACACCAAGACGAUAGCGUUUGAAGAUCAUCUUGUAAGGAUCGUACUGUCUUCUCUUGUUUUGUCUUUGGAGUGUUAAAGUUUUUUUGUCCUAAGGGUCAUUUCCAUGAUGACGUCAUUUUACUAGUGCUAAAACUACUAAUACUACCAGGAUGCUUCAGUGUCAAGCUUUUGUACAAUUUAGGACUUUCGUUGGUUUAAACCUUUUUGGAAUUGGCAAAUUUAAAUAUGAAAGAAAAGCGAAGUGAACUCUGGUAGUAUUAGUAUAAUGACGCCAUCGUGAUGGUCUAUUUGUUUGAUUCCUUGUCUUUGUCUUGAUGAUGCGAUAGAUAAGGCAUUUUUAUUGUUGUUUAUUAGCUGGAAGACGCCAAACAAGAAGGACAAGAACAGGAUACGAAAGAAGAACAGCAGCAGCAAAUUCCUGACGAGGAAAACGGUAUUGAGAUGAGUGAGAACUUUGAUGGUGCCUUACAUGACGUGGAAGCAGGAGACAACGAGGAAAAUGAGAAAAGCGAUGAGGAAAAUGAAGAGGAGCCUGAUGUGGAUAAACAGAUGGGAGAAGUGGAUGGACAGGAAACUGAAAAACUGGAUGAGAAAAUGUGGGGAGAUUCAGAUGAUGAGGAAGAACCAGAGGUAACGUUGUAAAAGCACUCAUCACUGAUACUUUGAUAAAAGCGAAAUAAUUCACGAGGAGACAUUUUUUUCUUUUAUUUGAAGAGCAAAGCCAUUUCGUUGGAUUAGUUACUUGUUAAUCAUUGAGUUGCUCUAGGGCUGUUUUCUCUCUUGCUAACUUAGACAAAGUAGUUAUUUAAAAUACGAAAAAUAUUAGUUGUUUGAUAAGAUAAUAGUAGGAAUGGCUUUUUGCGCUUGUGCUGAUUAAUGCCUAAUGGUGAACUACAACUUGUGAUUGCUGUGGAGGAAAACUUUUAUGAACAAAAAAAGGUACAAAACAUUUAUACUUCGGACGUUGGUCUCAAAUCUGUUAUCUUCCAACCUGUUCUUUCCUUACCUACUUGCCAACGUACCUAAUAUACAUAAAUUGCCCGUAUUUCUCGGCCUAACCUUAGUUGGCUUAUGUUUAUGUGUAUGUUUCAAGAAUUUAAGAACUCACCUUGAUCCCUCUAUUGACAUGUGUCUCUUCGCUAGUACCGUUCCUUUCUUCCAUCGUGCAACUUAAUUAUCCGUAGUCCUCCUAGCUAGUUACUUACAACUAAUCCGUGGUACUUCUGCAGAGCAGUAAAUUUCGUUGUCUUUUAUUAUAUCCAUUUUCAACUCACUGGUGAUCCCUGCAAUCUGAUUGGCUCUCAGCAGUAUGAUUUAUUCACGAAUCACGCUUUUUUUGCUUUAAAUCACAUCUGUUCUAAAUCACACCAUUUUUGUUCUAUAUCGCAUCAUUUCUGCUUCGAAUACAAAAUGAGAUGUAAAAGCCUUUUUGUUUCCGCUUUUCCAACAAACCGUCUACUUGAUUAAUAAAAUAUUGGUACUGACUGAAUUCUGCGAUUUCAAAAUGGCUGUAAUGAAGUGGUAAUUGAACUUUGUGUUGUGCAAUUUUGGUCAUGAAUCAUACUUGUGAUUUGAAAAUCACGUGUAUGAUUUAAGACCAAAUUGCACUCCACUCCGUUCAAUUACCGUUGUAAAUAAGUACAGAGUAUUGUUGCCAUGGUAAUAUGACGCGUUAUUGACAGGAAAAAGAAACAAAGGAAGAAAAGGGAAGUGGAGCUGAGGCUGAAUCGCAGUCACAGUUGGUCGCCAAGGAAGACAACAAAGGUAAACUUUUUAACCUCAAAAGGAGGUCUCGUUAUCAUCCCUUCAGUAUCUAAAGAAGGGCAGUUAGAUUCCAAUGUCUCCGUUCUUUUGUUUUCUGCAACUUGUUUGAUUUUCUGUAUCUCUAUUUUCGGCUCUGACAAACCUGAAUUUACGUCAGUCGGAGUAUAAUGAAAACUAAAAGUCAAUCAUAUGUUUCCUCAUUAUGUAAAAUUGACCAACAUUUGGAGAAAAAACCUUACUAAAACCGGAGUCUUCAUCAUUUCAUGAACAGGAUCUACAGAUGAGAGUAAAGAAAAGGCCGAUCAGGAGCCUAAUACUAAAGACGAGCAAGAUAACGAGACAUUUAAUAACGCUCAAGACGAUGAAGAGGGGAAUAUGAGUGAUGAGGCGGAGCGAGACGAGGAAGGAAAAGGGCAGCAAGAACAACAAGCAAUGCAAGAUAUGGAGGAAGAGUCUGCUAACCUUGAUCUUCCAGAUGAUUUGCAGCUUGAUGAAGAGGGAAACGAACGCAAUGACGGUGAGUAAUGCAUUUUUUUUCUUUUUCAUUUGGCAUUUUUUGUUAGUAAAAAUGUUUUUGAAAAGAGACGGCGAAAUUCUUCCUAUUUUUGCACGUGCUAUAUUAGUUGACAACCUUUUUUUAAUCUUUGAAGGACAACAGGAGGAAAUGGAAACAAGUGAUUUCGAAGGAGAAGAAGCAGAUGCGACAGAACCUGAAGAUGAAUCCACUGAACAAGGGGACGAGGAAAUGAAUGAAAAAGGAGAACAGGGUGAGACAAAGAUGGAGGAUGAAGAGAACAUUGACGGUAAAGAUAAACAGGAAGAUGGAGAGAAUUCUAAGGUUGGUAGACUGCCAAUAAACGUUCGCAAAGAAACAUCACUAAGGACGAGUAUUCGAACGCUUAAGCUCGUUGCGAACAUCUUACUGGUUGGCAUUAAGACUACACUCAAACUUUGCGUUGUUGAAGGCCUGGUUAGUUUGUCCACUCGCUUGUAUCAAGGCAAUUGGAUAUUGUAAGGAUCUAGAAGAGUAGCUGGCCUUUGCAGAUGUUGUGAACCAUUUGAAGUAUCUUGAAGAUAGUGAUAAUCAUGAUGAAAGGUGAAGGGGAAGGGAAUAGACAACGGUGUCUUUGGUAUUUCUAAUUUUGACGAUGAGUGAUAUUUUUUUUAGGAUGAAGAAGCUGAUGUUGAAGAUGAUGAAGAUGACUGGAGAACGAAGGCGGAUACUAAGGUCAGAUUUACGAAUAACAAUUCCUCGAACGACCCUCGGUUUGUCGUUUUUAAACUUGCUUUGCCUGAUGAUAGCCUAACGUUCAUUCGUCUUUUUUGCCACAUCAGUUGUUAGACCAUACCUUUUAUUCUCCUUGGCUUUCUUUGAAAAUUUCUUCCUCAAUUUUUCUCAUCAAAGAAGGAAUAAAUUAUCAUAUAUUAAAGUUUCCUUUUGACAGAAUUUUGGAAUCAUCGUACGUAGGUUAUUGGUGUUGGUAUACCGCCACAACCUUAUGAAUUGGACAUAGUUAGAUUAGAAGAGAGAAAACAUUUUUUGAACAUCGUAAACACGUGACACUUCUUACGACGGAAGUUCUGUUUUAUUCCAGAGCCAGCCUCAGGAUAAUGUUCAGGCCGUGGAGGAUUCUGGGGAAGGUGAUGGCAGUGGGGAACAAACUGAUAUCACCGCUGGCCAGUCUGAAUCAACAGACGGUAGUGAAGAUCGAGGAGUGGGGCGAGCUGAAGCAGCUAAUGAUGAAGGGCAUCAUGGGGAGUCAAGCGCAGUACAAGCUAGUGCAGACACCAGUCAACAGGUCAGCGAACUUAGCCCUAGAUAUCUGCGCUAGUUAUUGCCUGUUCAUUUUCAUUUUUAAUACUUAAAAUGGGACUCUGAUAAGAGCGCCUUUGACCAUGUUCCGAUAUCUCUACUACUACCUCAAUAAGGCAACAACAACGAAAGCAGAAAACAAAACAAAACGAAAAAACGUUAUUACCGGACAAAGGAUAAGUCGACAGUAGAGCAGCACAACAGAACAUUUCAUCUUAGUUUGUUUCUUUCAUGAUUUAUUGUUUCAUCGAGUAACAUUAUGUGGCAUGAACAGGGGGAAGAAAUGAACGGAGUAAAAAGGCCUACAGACUAACAUCAGAUCACACAACGAACUUACACAAGAGAAACGAAAAAGCCCUUGAAAAUAGAAAAAUAACAGAGUGGACAACAGAACAACGCAAUAGACAGUAAUAGCUUAAGUGACAUAGGAUAACAGCCUCCUAAAUCUGCAUAAUUGUCAAUUUUAUGUAGUCUCAUUCAAAAGUUCUUUUAUUUUGAAUUGUCACAGUCACGUCAGAGAAAGCAAAUGAACCGUGCUCGGUCCGACAGAAGACUGGGCUCCAUGGAUGAAACUACUCACAAGAGACUCAAGACUGUCGAUACAACACAGCAGGAGUCUGGAACUGAGGUGGCAUAUUGAUUCUCAGAAAAAACGGAUCAAAACUGCCCACCUACCCCUCCCCUAAGCCAACAUUUUGCCCUGAAUGAGAAGUAUCUGUUUAUGUUGGCUUAUGGGAGGGGUAGGUGGGCAGUUUCCCAGAAGCGUAUAAUGAUCCGGUAUUUACCACUCCAGAGUAUACCGUAACAUACCAUAAUACUCUUUGUUGGUCACUCCAAAAUUUUGGAUACGCAUUGUCUUCAGUUUCUCUUGGGAGUUAAAAUGGCCCCAAGAGAACAUUAGACUUCCCAGGAGUACCCCCGCCCGGGGAAUUUAGGAGUUAAUUGGGCUCUAAUCUAUGUACGAUUUUAUAGUGCUGUAUACCAAAAAGAAUGUUAUCUAGAAACUUGGUGAAAACCAAGAAAGAAAAUUUUGCAAAAGUUAUAUGCGCAUGUAUUAUUGUCGAGCAUAACGUCUUCAUUCAGUUUCGAAUUUCAUUGUCAAAAAAUUAGAUAACGCUGCUUACUUAUUUGUGUAUAUUUUUUGUUCGCAGACGAACGAGACAAGAAGUCAAGAUCUGUUUCAGCACAUGCAGAGUGAUGAUUCAUCUACCCACGAUGCGCAGACGCUUGACAGUGCAACCGCUGAUCAAGCAAAAGAACAAGAGAAAGCAAACUUCCCUGAUACGUAUAGUGAUACCGAAGAUGAUGAUACUGAAAUGAAAACAGCGCUGUUCGAUGAUAAAGAGGAACUCCCUGUAAGUGUUUUUUUUUCCAUCCUCGGUUUGUGUUUGUGUAUUUUUUUUGUCUGAACAGCUUAUCGUUUGUGUCACGUUAGGUACUUGAUUUUGCUACUUACCGAUUGUUAUGUUUUGAUGGUUAUGUUUUGAUCGAUGUUUAGUACCACCUAGGUUGUAAGUGAUUGGUGUAUUUCGAUCUUUAAUGUAGUUGUUAAUGGCUGGUGGACUUCGAUCCUCAUUUUUCAUGCACUAUCGGUCACUUUACAUCUAAUUACCCCGCACAAGACCAAAAAGACCAGAAAUAUCGCGGCCAAUAUCAAAGUGACUGAAAUGGAACAAAAGAUAAACUUAGCUGUUUAUCUAAAACGCGGUAGAUAACACCUCUUAAUAUGUUUAUUCAGACAUUGGUGGCCUUCAAUAACGUCUGUUAUAAAGUUUAACACAUUGUUUAUAAUCGCUACGCGUUACAGAGAUUACAACCUAGUUCUGAUUGCCAAUUCUUUCCAAAUACUGAAGGCACCAGACAAUCCCCAGCAGACCAGGUUACCGCCUCCAAAUAAACCAAACAUGGAUGCGGUAGGGAACGAAGGUGAACAGGAAAUAGCUGAGAGGGCGACCAAAGAAGAAGACAUGCAAACUAUUGAAGGUGGGGAAAUAUCCACUGAACGCUUGCAGAGUACUUUUCAUUCCUCAGAAGUGGCGCUGGCUUUUGAGAGACUGGUAAGAUAAUCUAACUGAACUUAAUCUAGGUAAAACUUUUAAAAUUCAAGGAAAAGAUCGCAUGCUUAGUUUUCUUAAAAGACAAAUAGUACCUCGCAGUAGUACUUACGAAGAGAUUUUACUUUACUCUUGGUUAUUGCUUAAUCGUAUCACCAUAAUUAACUCCAUGUUUGUCCUUACUGCACCUUAAAAAGAAAUCUCGGUAAUGACUCAGUAGAACCAACUUACAUAACCAAAUAAACAAACGAAAGAGACCCUUUCAGCUUGUUUUUGUUUCUUUUCUUUUUUUCAAAUUUCAGCCUAUGUUGAAUUACUCCCAGCCUACUGUUUCUUUCAAAUGUAUGGAUAACUUACGAAAAGACAAAAGGCAAAUUUUACUGGAAACGUCAAGUGGUCUUAGUUGGGAAAACAAAACAUAGGAGCUAAAAAAGUUUUUGAAAGGCACUGCCAAAUGCAGAAACACUGAAGGAUUUCAUCUAGUUACUUAAAAUCGGGGACCACCUUAUACAAUUCAAUCUCGCUUUCCCUUUUUCCUUUUAUAAUUUCAUUAACGGAUUCAAUUUUUAAGCCCGUUACAUGCAACACAGAUAUCAUUACCACAGCAAAUUAAACGGCGUCAGACCAAGUAAUCUCGUAUUGUGUUAAACUAAAUGCGUUUUUGUUGUUUUUAUUUAGUUUUUUUGUUUGCUGCCUAGCAGCUUUCAUAUGAACUAUUUCUACGCGGAAAAAUAGACCAAAUACCGACGUCAACUGUUCAGACAUUGAAUGUGUUGUUAGGAAUACUGCUCUGUCAUUUUCUCUCUUUUUGAAGGGUAUAUCGUCAUUGGACUCUGAAAAACUGAGAUUGGAUCUCGAACAUCAGUUGGCUGAGUGGACCAGCCUUAAACGAGGUACGACGGAGGAGCAACGCAUCGCUCAAGAGACCUGGCGCAAAUACGAACUGCUCACCUCCAGUCUCUCUCAGGAGCUCUGUGAGCAGCUGAGACUGGUACUAGAACCAUCAUUGGCUACAAAACUUAAGUAAGUUAGUUAUGUAUUUGAAUAUAUUCAUAACCGUUUGAACCUAAUUCCGCUUAUGUCAUUUUUUUCAUAUUCUUUAAUAAUGUUGUGAAGACGCUUAAUGAAGUGGCAAAAAUGUAAACUACGAUCUAAAAGCUAGAGUCAUUGCCGGACCUUUGGCAGAUGUACAACUUACAUAGUAUAAACAUUAAACAGCAAACUGAUCCUUUCGGUGAGGGAACACCACAAAAAGUCGGUAAAAGCUGAGUGGAAAUUCGCAAUAUUCUAAACCUUAGACCACUUCGAUUUUUUCACUCAGCUUUAGACUGAUUUUGUAGGAAAAAAGUAUAUCUACGAGUUAGAGAAUCGUUAUGUACCCGGCGUGUAAUGAGACUGCAUCUACCACUUAUGAAGUUCAUUUAUUGGGGAUGGGGUGCUUCGCAUUCUUUUCGGGAUGCGUGUUUACUGGUAGUAAUGGAGGCUGAAAAGCUGAGAGCAGUCACGAGGUGACGUUGUUUAGUGGUAUCUUCUUAGUAAUUGGAAAAAUAUUCUUUCAUGUUUCUAUGUAGGACAUUGUUAGUUUACUACAGAAUUUUUAAACUUGUUCAUUGCAGAGGUGAUUAUCGAUCAGGGAAAAGGUUAAACAUGAGGAAAGUGAUUCCAUACAUUGCCAGUCAGUUCCGCAAGGACAAGAUCUGGCUGCGGAGGACUAAGCCGAGUAAGAGGCAGUACCAGAUCAUGCUAGCUGUGGACGACUCUUCUAGUAUGAAUGAUAAUCACUCCAAACAGGUAACACGUGAUUUAUCACGUUUCAAACAGAUAUAGGUCUAUGGACAUUUGUACGCUUAAGAGAGAGAAAGCAUGUUUGACAACUUUACCGGGAAAUUCUACUAGCAGUUUCAGAGUUGUAAUGAUUAUGAUGCGACACUACAAACAACUACAUCACGAAAGAAAGAAAAUCGCCCUAACAAGACAACUGUUCUAGGACAUAUUUUGAGGUCAAUACUCACCACUCGUCUACUAUACAAAAUGAUAAAGAUGUCGAAAACUAUUUAUAGUCAGUCUUGAAAUAUGUUGUUUGAAUUUCUCUUUUUGUGUUGUUCAGUUGUUUUUCAUAUGUUUUAUAUUUCAUUCCGUGAUUUUAGCUGGCGUUUGAGUCUUUAGCAGUGAUCAGUAAUGCACUAACAAGACUGGAGGCUGGAGAUCUCGGUGUGUGCAGGUGAGUGCAAAAUUAACUUUGUUGUAUUUGUUGCAAUGGGGAAGUGCAGUUUUGGCUGUUUGCUUCAGCAAAAGAAAUGCGUAAAGCUUAAUUUUAUUUCGCUUCUCUAUACAAAAAUGAACGAAACGUAUCUAAAAUUGACGAAAACAAAUACAUGAAAAUAAGUAAUUUUGGUUAGCAGCAAUUUGUAUUACAGGACAUACUGUUUUACGUUCCCUCCUUAUGACGGGGCCGCCGUUUCUACGUUGUUCUCCGAUCCGCGCGGAGGUCAAGUCGUUUAUAGAAGAAUGGCAGUAUCUAUGACCGCAGUUGAGUGGGAUCAAACCCUCUGGAGAUCAGCGCAACAAAUUCUUCUUAUUAUCGUUAUAAAAUAUUAAGGGGGAAAAGUAGGGAGAACAUGAGUGUAGAUAACAUAGCUGGUAUGAACCAACCGCCACAACAGGCAAUUGUCCAUCUUCGUCAUCGAGAAAUAGUUCUCCCCUCGCUUAUUCUGACGUAACCGUUAAUUUAGUGCCGUGCUGAGUUUGUUCUUGUUUGUUUGGUUUUUUUUUUUGCCUUUGCAGCUUUGGAGAAACUGUCCGCCUCUUACACCCAUUCCACGAGCCAUUUACUGACCAGUCAGGGGCGAAAAUUUUGCAGCAGUUCACUUUUGAUCAAAAGAAAACCAAAAUUGCCCAAGUAAGUAAUUUUUCUGAUUGCUUUCGUUUCCUACUGCUACCGUAUGGGACUAGUCGAAGAAUUUCCGCUAAAGUUAAAUUUUCCCUCAAAAUAACAAUGGCUCUCUCACUGUUUAGCUCCUAGAUACUUGUAACAGUCUUAUGGUUUCGGCGCAUUCACGGUUACAAGUGUCCCCCCGGAUGAGAAGAGACACCUCCCAGCUUUUGGUUAUUGUGUCCGAUGGAAGAGGUAUAUUUCUUGAGGGGAUGGAG